GGAGGAGGAGCUGCAGGCUGAUUAUAAAACACUACUGUGCAGCAGUUGCUGUUUCGGAGCUGUCUGCUGUAUCUCUGUGUUUGUGUUUAGUCUCUCCUCUUAUCUCGGCAGUAAGGCGGCUGGCUCUGCUCUGCAUAGAGGACAGAGGGAGGGUGGAAGGCUGAGCUGUCACAGUGACUCGUGCACUGGUCACUCCGUUUCCCCCCCGUCUGUCCAUCACUGCAGCUGAGCUGUCUGUGUCUUGUGGAUUUAUUCCUCUGUGAGUGACACCUGGGGAGGUGAAGGAAACCUGAGUGGAGAGGCAGGAGUCUUUUCCCCCCCUGCUCCGUCCUUCCUGUGAGUGGAUGACCUGUGCUCCUCCUGUAAGUAGCACCGCUGCAGCCACAUCCUCUCACAUUCCUCAAUAAGACAUAUCAACAUCACAGCCAGGGUCAGGGGUCAGGGAGGGCACAGGCAGGGGUACAUGUUGCUGCUGAGAGCUUGAACUUGUGCUUUGAGAAUAACAUUUGUUCAGUAUGUUUUAAGGAUACCUUAUUAGCCGUUGGGAUAUCUGAAGGGGUCUUCCUGCUCCACCGAGCUCUCUCUUAUUGGUCAAAUUAGUCAUGACUUUUCUUUCUUUUUGAUGUGACGCUUUAUCUCUAAUUGGACUCUGUAGGAACAAAAGGUGACAAAAGUGCAAAAUGCGAGACAUUCAAAGUGAGAAGCACAUCAUCUUAAACUAUGAGUACACCUAUAACAAUCCAUGCUGUGGGUAAAAGCUGUUCUUUUCAAUGACUUUACAUAAUUUACAGUGAGCACAAGAAGCCAGACAGCGUCAGGAUACACAAGGCUGCAUGUGGUCAUAUCUUUUUUUAGUUUUAAAUGUCUUAAACUGUUGCUCCUGUUCUUGUUCGCCACUGCAACAACAGCUUAGGACACUCUACACCAACCCACCUACUCAUCCACCUCUCUCCUGUCUGAUAAGCCUCCAUGUAAACUGACACAGGCUCAGAAGUAAGAGGGGAAGAACAACUCAAAUAUACAGGAGUCAAUCUGAAUAGCCACUGUGCACACAGCUCUGUUUACCUAAAGUAUAAAGGCCUGCGAGGUAAUUGGCUGUCUGCUGUGUGUGUUUAUUAUGUGUGCACAAACCUGGUUCCCUUUUUUUGUAUCACUGUCAUGCGUUUUUGAAUCACACAGACUUUAGGCUGCAGAUUUACUGCAGAGGCAUCUAAAGAACAGCAUGUAAGUUAGAUGUUACACUAAUGACCAACACACUGCUGAUACUCAAUGUCUUCCUCACACAUCGUCAACUCUUUAGGACUUCCAGUAUGGCUGGAGACAAGUGAUGGGCAAUAUGGGCUAAAAAAUUUAUCAUGAUAAGAAUUUUUGCAAAAACAAUAACGAUAAAAGUCCCGAUAAAAAAUAUUAUAAUUCCAAUCCAAAUAUUUUGACUCAUUUUGUCUUGAGAACACCAGUUGGAGUAGUCGAAUAAGAUACUUACCCACAAGUUUAAAUGGUAGGUUAUAGAGAAAACCAAUGACACCAAACAAGUUUUAAAUGUGAAAACAGUUUCAACAUUUGUUGAAAACUCUUAUUGCACAGAGUGAACAACAGCAGAUCCACUUUUCAAUGUCAGACAGACCUAAUUGCACUCAUCUAAGCUCCAAUCUUGAAGGAAAUCCCUCGUUCAGUAACAAGCUGCUCAGAAACAUCUUCUUCAUUACAUUCGGCCAUUUUUGUUUGUUAUUCUGCUCUUUGUGGACUAUGGCUGCCAGUCCAUCACUCGCACUUACGUCAUCAAUUUGCAUUUAUUGUAUUUAUCAUGAGAUGGCAAAUAUUUAUCAUGGAGGAAUUUUCUGACGAUAUAUUGUGAACAAUAUUUUAUCACCCAUCCCUACUGGAGACACGCAGUGUAAGCCUCAGCCUUUUUUGCAUGAUGUCAUAUGUGAAGCCAUUAGCUGGCAGCAGGACACAGUUUAGCAACCAUUCACUGAGUUCACAACAAUUAUUGCAGCUGGUACAAGAUUUAUCAGUCAGAAUGGAUGAAAAUAAGAUGCUGAAUGUGCUUCUUCUGUCUCAAAUAAAGAAGCAAUAAUUGGAAAAAGGGCAAUAAAGGAGUAAAUUCUCUUCAGAUAUCAUGGUAAUAAAAAGCAGCCAGCUCAAGAGAAACAAUGAAGGCUUAGAGAGUGAAACUGGAACUGCUUAAUGCUCAGAGUCUGCAGGUACAUCAAAUGAAAUUAGAUAAAUAGGAUUUUGUUGCACAAACUUCAAUAGUGACAUUGUUCGGUCAAGAGUAUUACAUCAGUGGAUUUGGAAGUCACAGUAAAUACAGACAGGAAGCUUGUUCUCUAUGUAUGCUGGCUUUAUUCCCCAAACUAAUGACCAUCAUAGUGCUGAAUAUUUUCCACUUCAAACGGGUCAGAAUCUUCACUCUUGAUACCAUUUACAGUGGUGUGAAAAAGUGUUUGCCCCCUUCCUGAUUUCUUAUUUUUUUGCAUGUUUGUCACACUUAAAUAUUUCAGAUCAUCAAAAAAAUUAAAUUUUAGUCAAAGACAACACAAGUGAACACAAAAUGCAGUUUUUAAAUGAAGGUUUUUAUUAUUAAGGGGGAAAAUUUUACAAACCUACACGACCCCGAGUGAAAGAGUAAAUGCCCCCUAAACUUACGAACUCGUUUGGCCACCCUUGGCAGCAACAACUGCAAUCAAGCAUUAGUGAUAACUUGCAAUGAGUCUCUUACAGUGCUGUGGAGGAAUUUUGGCCCACUCAUCAUUGCAUAAUUGUUGUAAUUUAGCCACAUUGGAGGGUUUUCGAGCAUGAACCACCUCUUAAAGGUCAUGCCACAGCAUCUCAAUAGGAUUCAGGUCAGGACUCUGACUUGGCUACUCCUAGUCUUCAUUUUGUUUAUCCGCAGCCAUUCAGAGGUGGACUUGCUGAUGUGUUUUGGAUCAUUGUCCUGCUGCAGAACUUGAGUUCGUUUCGGCUUUAGGUCAAAGAUUCUGGGAUUUCAUCAACAGCAGCAUAAAAUUUUUAGGAGAAGAUUCAGAGAAUCUGUGAAAAUGGAUGGCUCUUGCAUUUAAGACAGACAAGACUGGAGUCGAAACCGCUGCAUGGGCUAGAGAUCACUUCCAAAGUCUUCUGUUUAUAGACACAAUUUAUCACUCCAUCAAUAGCAGAUUGAAACUGCAGAAUUCAAAGAGGAAAACACAAUUUUACAUGAUGCAGAAACAUCAGUGACUUCUGUGAGCCCAGAGCCAUUUGAGAUAGACUGACAGGAAGAGGAAAAAACUGUCCUUUGGUCUUACAGAUCAAAACAUGAUAUUUUCUGUACAAGCCAGGGAUGCGGAAUCUUCUGUUCUGAAGCAGGAAAGGGACUGCCUGGCUUGUUAUCAGUGCACAGUUCAAAAGCUACAUCUCUGCAUACACGGAUAUUGUUUGUGAGGGAGCCCUGACGAGUCAAUCACCAAGUGCAGCCGCCUUUUGCAGCUCAAAGAAGAACAUUUAUGAUUAUUACUUCAUGGAAAUGCAGUCAGAAUUCUUGUGUAUCUUGUAUGUGCACAGCAGACGCGGUAGUUCUUCUGCUUUAGCAUCUCGCUUCGAAUGUAUUUCCAUGAAGUAAUGAUCAUAGAUUUUCUGCUGCACUUGGUGAUCGACUCAUCAGGGCUCCCCAACAAACAAGCGGCUGUUGGAGGACAGUGGGUGAGUUGUGUUUGUUCUCUUUGCUAAAGAAACCAAUCAAAGCUAAAAAGAGUUUGAUGCUACUACUGUGGCUGGGACCCUAUAUGUACUGUUGAUGAAGUUAGGUGCUGUUCUGAGCAUUAUUUGUGACUAUAGAGUGGCUUUAUGGUUGAGGUUUGCACAUGGAGUGGUAGACUGCUGUGUAUUGCUAUUGUGCGGUGGUUACUAAAGUUGGUUUAACUAGAGAAGCAAGUAGUCGGCAACAUUCAUCUCUGGAGGGGGUGUCUAACUCGAUGUUACAAUGUGUAUGACCAUAACUUUUUGCAUCUUCUAACUGAAACCUUUUCCAGAGACAAAGAGUCUGGGUGCUCAGCCAUAAAAAAACAUUUGGCACAUCAUGAAACAAAAAGCAAUAGAAGUACAAUUUAAAUUUUGUACUCAACCAUUGUUAGAAUCUAUGCAUAUGAUAACAGAUGUGUCAUUUUAAUGCACCUGGCCGUUUGCAGCUGAGAAUAGUUCUUACUGUACAUUUGUGUCCAUAACAGCAAUCAUUUAUAGUAGCAUCCUGCAGCUGGGGCACAAUGGCCAUGUUUACAUAAGCAGCUUAUUAUUUAGUCCCUGAUUCAUCACACAGCCCCCAGGCCCACUCAGCCAUGAUAAUAUGAAGAUAGCCUCUACCAUAUUCUGCAGCAAUAAGCCAGCACCAGCUCUAAACAGCGCACGGCUCACAGAUGAACAAACACGGGCGAACGCUCGGUCAAAGCCAUCAAACAGAAGACAGUUGGAGGUGAAAAUGCUUAAAGCUCUCAGGCUGCUGUAAAGAAACACUGACAGGUUAAAUGCUUGAGGAGGCAAAGAUAAAUCCGUCUUUUCCCGGUCCUCGCUGUGUGUACAGGUUACACUACCAUGGCUGCGUUUUGAAGAGGUUCCUCAAACAACAGCAAAAACACCCACACUAGAAAUGUUGGCUCCGAGCUCAAGUGUUUUUGUGUGAGAGAUUACAAUCUGACGCUGUUGGCAAACUUAAGAGUGAGAUUCACAGCCGACUAAAUUUAUAUACUUUGUAGGCACGGCUGUUUUCCUCUUUUUGUUGCCAUUUGGAACGACAAGAUGUGAAAUUUUCACUCGGAACAAGGAACAUUGUGUUCCCUUUCUGUUCUUGUUACCUUCCACCUGUUACUUUUUCAGUGCAAAUAACACACAUCCAACUAUGUACCCUCAGUCUGCUCUAUUUUCGUAGGGUGGUGCUUGUUCACAGGCCAGUGCACAGUUAAAUUAACUGGAAUAAACCCAAAGUAAAGCAGAGGUUAGUAGAGUACACACUGAAAGGAGUUACCAGUGUUCAGUCGUCACCAUUUAAGCCGGUCUGUUACUUUUGACAUUUAGUUUCGCAUGCUCUCUUCUUACUAUUGUUUCAGCUGAACAGCUCAUAACUUUUCACAUGUUUGAGAAAUCAGUUUUCAUUGAAGCAAGACAUUUGACUGUCAUUAGGUCUGACUCUGUAUAUUCAUGGCUUGGCUCUUGAAUUGUAAAUUAGUAGGUAUUUUUGUUUUAAUGCACGUCAGCCAACAUGUGGAGGAUUGGUCAUCCUACGUUAAAGGGAUAUUCUGGCAUAAAUUUAAUUUAGGGUCAAACACACCGUAACACCGAGUUAGACUCCCUAGAGAGAUGAAUAUUGCUGACUGCUUGCUUCUCUAGUUAUACCAACUUUAGUAACGACCGCACAAUAGCAAUACACAGCGGUCUACAUCUCCAUGCGCAAACCUCAACCAAAAAGUCACUCUAUAGCCACAGAUAAUGCUCAGAACAGCACCUAACUUCAUCAACUGUACAUAUAGGGUCCCAGCCACAGUACUUGCCAUCAAACAUCUUUUGAGCUUUGCCUGAUUUCUUUAGCAAAGAGACCAAACACAACUCACCCACUCUCCUCCAGCAGCCGCUCGUUUGUGGGGGAGCCCUGAUAAGUCGAUCACUGAGUACAGCGGAGUUUCGCAGCUCAAGGGAGAACAUUUAGGAUUAUUACUUCAUGGAAAUGCAAUCAGGCCGUGGCAAAGAACUAAUGCGUCUGCAGCGCAAAAUCAUAAUUAUGAUGAUUAUCACUUCAUGGAAAUGAUCCUCUGCACUCAGUGAUCGAAUCCCCACAAACAAGUGGCUGCUGGAAGAGAGUAGGUGAGUUGUGUCUGAUCUCUUUUCUACAGAAAUCAGGCAAAGCUAAAAGAUGUUUGAUGGCUAGUACUAUGGCUGGGACCCUAUAUGUACUGUUGAUGAAGUUAGGUGCUGUUCUGAGUAUUAUUUGUGGCGAUAGAGUGGCUUUUGGUUGAGGUUUGCACAUGGAGUGGUAGAAUGCUGUGUAUUGCUACCGUGCGGUCGUUACUAAAGUUGGUAUAACUCAGUGGUUCUCAAGUCCAGUCCUCGAGCAGAACAACUGUGCCCCCUGUUGUCUUUUAACAGCACCCUAAGUAGGAUAACAGCAUGUCGAUCCUUUGCUCUGGUUUACCAUCCUCUGCAGAGAUCAGAAAGCAGGCUAAAACUAAACCUUGAUAAAUCAGCUGACAGACAAGUUAGAAGUGACUCACCUGAGAAAGACUGCAGGAAGUAUCCAAGUUAAACAUGCAGGUCUAGUUAAUAAAACACCUCAUUGUUCUUUAAUUGGGCAGACUCUCGCUCUCAUCGUCUUUCAGAUUCAUCGUGUUUUUUUCUCCCAUGAAGCAGGUGAAAUCAAGGCGUGAUGAGCAUUCGGUUGUUUAGCGAACAGCAAAUGCUUUGACUCAUUAUUAUUCAUGACGGCAUUAUAAUCAGAGAGUUUUGCUGUCAGUUCAUUAACUUGUCUUAUCCUCUCGAUAUUAGCCUGAAAAACAAACAUGUAAAUGAAUAUUUAUUGUUCACAUAUUCAUUGACAAAAUUAUCUCCAGUAAAAUAUCACAGCUUGAUAAGUGAUAGAAAGACACACUAGAGUUCCUUCACCAGCAGCUCCCCCGUGCAUCUCCAUCUACAGUGUCCAGAGUCAUAGAUAAAACCUAAAGAGCCUAAAGUGUUGCUGGCAUGCUUUCCCUUCUAGCACCCCAUAUGCUUUAAAAGCUGUUCGCAGGUGGGCGGGUGGUACAUUCACAGAUGAGCUAUCCAGCUUGUUUAAAAUUAUCCAACCCUAUCUGAAGCUGCCAAAUCUUUAUAUAGAUGUGUGUGCAGUUUUCAGGGAACAUAGGAGGGACAUGAAUGUGAAGCAGGUACUGUAUGAGGGACAGACAUCGAUGAAUCAGCAACCAGGACUUCCUUCCCUGACCAGAAGACUAGCCAGAGUGCUUUCUUAGAUUUGUUACAAUCAGUCCUAUGUUUGUGUGUGCUUUAAUUAUUUAUAGGCCCAUUUUCUCCCAGGUUGCUCGUGCUGCAGCUGUAACGGCCGAUUAGAGGUUGGUUUGCACACAUGACACAGGCAGAAGCCACCUUGGGAAAUGUACAAAGUGCUGUGUGCAGGGAGUGUGAGGUUGGUUGAGUCACAGAGCAGCUCCUGUCGGAAGCAGGCCCAGAGGCCAAAACCCUAAAGGAGAAGUCCCGACAAAUGCAUCAGAAUAUUCGCACACAAAAUGAGACGUGAUGCAGUCUGACAGCUGUAAAGGUCUCUGAAACCCUGAUGCAUGUUCCUUACAUUCAAGUGAAAAUGUCUCUUUGUUUUUGUGCUUCUGACAUAAUGUGUGUGUUACUGUAAUAGCCAGGGAGUACUCUCUGUGCAAAGUUAAAUAAUUGAUGAGAACCUCCACUUUGGUUUCCCUCCAUUGAAACAAGAUUCAGUGACCCCUGAUGGGCUUGGAAAACAGAGACAUGACGUGUGAGUGGCCAGACAAAACACUAAUUGUGCACUAUCAUUAACCACAGUCCAUUGUCAUCUCCAGGACACAGAAUGGUGCGAUGCAGGUGUUAGUGACACGUGGACAACUUUAACUAGAAGUGAAUCCAUGUGUGCAAUCUAGUAGGAUACAAGCAGUGAUGUGCUAGUUACUGAAAGUUACUGAGAAAUUUAGUUACCAUAAAACGUUCUUCCAAUGCUCCGAUUACAUAAAGGUGGAUUGAUUGAGUUCCUCUCUAGCCGUCAUUACAGUUCUGCACUGAUGUUAAAUAAAACAAACUGUUGAUUAAAACAACCGUUUCAAUUCAUUCGCAUCUACAUCAUUUGUAUCUAAUUAUCCAAGCAAUAUGAUCAGUUGUGCACCAACACAAACCUUGACACUAACACAAAAUUUCACCAUUGGACUCUUGGAGUAAUAGCCUGAUAGAGCUAAAAGAGAUCCAAAUAAACAAUUAAACAUACCAUGCUUUUGUUUUAUCAAGUUGGCUAUGGGUCUGUCUUUCGAACUCCAACAACUGCUGCUUGGGUGGAGUGGGUGUGUGCUCGCUGCUGUGACUCUCGGUCUCAGAUGCUGCGUUAGCUACCAACUUUGUCGAUGCUGCUUCUCUAGCUGCUUCAGUAGAUUGCUGUUGCUGCUGUUCACCGUACAUGUUGAUGUGAAAUAAUGUUUUUCCCUUUGCUCUUGAGUUGAAAAUAAUGUGAGUAUCUCUAUGAGGAGAAACUUGUCUUUUCCUUCUUACUCGCCAUCAUGCCGUGUCCUGACCUGUCCAGUCCUCCUCGUGGCGUGUGUUUGAUUAUGAGUGUGAUGUUAGAAGGUGACAAGUGCUUUGUUUUUCUAAUUCAAUUAAACUUUAUUGAUCGCUAAAAUGUAAACGGAACUGUGUGCCAUUGUCAAACCUCUCCAAAAGGAACGGAGUAACGCAGCGUUUGGUUACGGAAACAGAAUUACUGAAUUAAAAAAAAACCAAUGCGUUACAUAAUUAGUUACUGAAUAAAGUAAUGGCGUUGCGUACCGGCGUUCCUACCGGACACUGGAUACAAGAUAAUAUUAAUACACAACCACAGAUCUCCUAAAGACUGUGCAUGCUUCCAUAUGACAAAAGAGGAUAUUCUAGUUUCUAUAGAGAUCUCUCAGUGAUUUCAACUAUUUCAAAUACUCUCUUACUAAAGAAACCUCUUUGCUAUGUAAAAAAAAAAAAAAACUUUCUCUUGUGUUCAUUGUGCUUCAGUCCAGUGAAAGAAGAAAGACACAAAGAUACAAGCAGGAACAAUCAGUCCAAGUCCUGCAUGGCUAAAAGAAUCUGAGUCACUGCUUUCAAAGUUGACGACCUUCAGAUGGCUGGAGCUUUCUCCACUCUCUUGGCUCCAGGGCUGUAGCUGGAUGUUGCAGCCCUGGAGCCUGAUGUAUAAAAGUUCUUAAACAUGCAGGAAAUGUUUACCGCUGUGCCAAAGGUGACAUGUAGUUUUGAGUCUUAUGGGACAUUACAGCGUUAAAAUCAAACAAAUAGGCAAGGGCCAGAAUGAAACUCUGAUAACCUGAAGCAAAAUAUUGAUUUCAUGAUAUAACUCUGAUAUUUGUUUAUUAUGAAAUGAUUUACAUAAUGCUAAAAAACAACUUAUUUUUUCCUUUAAAAGCAAUCUACAGUAUCUCUAACUAUAUAGUGAAAACUUGGAACACCAGUAAACAUGCAUCUGAAGUCAAAUCUGAUUUAUCUGAAUUAGUUUUUGUGACAGGACAGUGAUGUACAUAAGUAACAUAACAGAUAAAACAUGAAUGGACUAUAGACUUUAACAGCAAUCCCAAAAGCUUAUUUCAUGAUUGAAUGUAAAUCAUACUCAGACCUUAUUUUUUCCCGCUAAAUUGCGAACGAUGUGAGGCUUGAUCAGCUCUUCAUGUAUGAAUGUUACUUGUGCUCAUUAGCUGGUUUAUGAAGCUGUUCAUCACACCUUACUAUGACUGAUAAUGUUGUUUUCCAUAAAUAUUGCAAUGAUACAGUUGUUUUGAAUGAUGUUAAUGACCGCUCUAUUUUAGAUCAGUUCAACUCUCAUACAGGAGGAGACAUACAGACACCAUUGCUGCUGCUGGAAGAAGAGAACAAGCAGGGAUGGUAUAAGAUGAACGCUCAUGAUCUGGGGCUUGGUCUACAGAUGUGCGAAUGGAAAAAUAAGGCUAGGAUGUUAUGUAGACACUGGUGGUGUUUCUUACUUCAGUUCAAUAGUCUGUGACUGAAUUAAAUAUUUCUUCCUGUCUGCAGGAAGUUCCCUGACCUAAUUUUGCAGAGUGCCCUUUGAGCCUCCCCGGAGUUAUUUCAUGUCUUUAGUCACAAUAAACAGACAUCCAUAAGAUCGAGUGAGGAUAAGAACAGUCUGUGCUGCUGCUGCCGCUGCUGCUGCUGUCUUUGCCUAAAAUUCCCUCACACUCCUUUUGUUUUUGUCUCCCGACUUCUCCUUUCAUCCCCGUCUUUUCUCUCUUUUUAAUAACACCUUAACCUUUUCAUAUCUUUGUUCACUCUUUCCCAUAUUCUUAACUUAUUCAUGGCUAAAUCAGGAGGGACGCCUUGCUUGUUCUCUAAUGAACAGUUAACCUUUAAAUGUAGGAUGUCCAUAUAUUGAUGACUGAAGACCAGGAUGAAAAACAGGACUCGGCCUGGCAAUGAGAUAUUCUAUAACUUUAGUUUUCUUCUUCAUCCUAGUGGCCCAAUAAAAAACAAUGACCACUAAAGGGUUAUUUACACUCAACGUUACAUAAGAAUCUGGAUACGGACAGAGCUCUCCGUCCGUGCUUUGCGUUCUUUUUGUCUGUAUUUCUGCAUGAAGUUUACAAAUGCGGGUCAGACGGAUCAACUGUCUCUACCCGAUAUGCAUCUGGAGAGAGAAAUGAAGAAGACAGUGGCCGGUCUUUUUAAAGAUCAUCAUCAAUUUCUCUCAUCGGUACUACGAGAGACAACAAUUCUCCGUCCUCCAAUCGCGAGGCAUUUAGUGGCCUGACCGUCCACCGCCUUCUCCAACGCUGCCUCAGUUUCUGUCUCCUAUUCAAAAUAUACAUUAUCACUAGGGCCUCCACAGUCGCUAUGUUUCUUUUUGUUUGUUGUUGUCAGAAACUUUUGACUCCAGCCUGCCUCCUUAUAGAUGUAAUGAUUAACAUCCAUGCUAACGCAAAGGAUGCAUGGAAGUAUGUGGGCAGUGACGGAACCAUCGUUUGAAAUGGAUGUGUACAUUUUAAUAUGUAGGCUAUGGCGAGCAUAAAUAAGCCCUAAUACAUUUUCAUCACUUUAUUUAAAAACAACCAGGUCACCCAUUUAAAUAUCUGUCUUUGGAGGUUGCAUUUAGCAAGGUGACAGCCUAAAUUGAAAGAAGAUGCACCACCAAAGACUUGUCGAACAGUCGAACCUAAAUAGGUUAUAGUUUCAGGCUCCAUCUUGCUGCAGUGACACAUGCCUGUGCUUUUCUGUGGAUCAUCCGUGUCUUUAAGACAACUUCAAAUGUCACCAGAAAUCUUAAAGUCAAGGCAGAGACAACAUGGAGUUCAAUCUUUUCUUUUUAACCUUUAUUGAACCAGAUAAAAACCCGUUGAGAUCACGAACUCUUUCUCAAGGGUGACCUGGCCAAGAGGUCAGCAGCAUGCAUCAUGAAACAUCAUUGAAAGGUGACAACAUACAGGAAGUUGAAAUACGAAUUCAUUCACAACCACUCUCAGUACGUUGUGAGGAUCUAUUUAUACCUCAUCUUUGAUGUAGAGUGGAGAGUGUGUUUCUGCAUUCAACACAAAGUCGGUCAAUGAUUUCCCUUCAGAUGACCCCCUGCUUUUUUGACUGGAUAUGCGGGCAGAGCUAUGAAGGAUCUGCAAAAGGUUUGCAUGCUUAAAAAAAGAUGUGCAAACUUCAGAGCAUCUACAAACAAAUGCACAAGCUGAUCUACUCUCAGCACAAAGUGUGGAUUAUGUCUUUUAAAUGUACGAGGUACAACAAGCAGAACUAUCUCUGCAUCUGCCUAGUUAAAGCAUGAAAACUGAUAAAUCCUGCAGUCUCUGCAGAUCUCUGUUACCCUGCAGGUGCAGAAAGGUGGAGGGGGAGUUGACUUGCGUAUGGUUUAUAUUCAGUGAGCAAAUAUUUAAUCAGAGCUUUUAUAUACUGGAUAUUAGCACCUGAGACUAAGUUGUGAUUCUGUCAGAGCUUGGUGCUCCUCUCCUUUUUUUCUCUGUGUAGGUUUGAUGAAACAAACAUAGAAGUAGGAGGUAGCUGCAGGGUGUUACUGAGACUUCAUCUCUGCAAAGACAAGUUUCCUUAUUCCUCAUUUUAUCAUCAUUAUUCCACAUGAAUUAAAGAAAUAUGGGGGGAAAAAAGGUGAAAGUGCAUCCCACUGAAACAUUUGGCGAUGCUGUUUACUCGCCAUACCCCCCCGAGUGCCAAAGGCUGUGCGGGAUAACUUCCACAUUUUUGGCUGAUGUUGCUCUGCAAGUUGCAUAAGACUGUAAUCUCCUGAUCUCUGGCAGUCUACAGUCAAGUAUGGAGGAGGUUUUUUUUUUAUGUCUUGGAAUUUCAAGUAUCUUGUUUGAUGUCAGCUCAGAGCAGGUCAACAGACUCUUGUGAGGAGCCGUGUGAGUCGCAACAGAAUAGUGAACCAAGUAUGAUUGCCGACACUUACUGAUCGUCAUGGAUUCGGGGCUGUGGCUAGAUGCAUGAAUGGAUGACAUGCUGGGAGAACGUUAAAUCUAAAUAUUGUGGUUUGGGCGUAGGAUCAGAGUGCUGAGUUCCUCCAGGUACAUCAAAAACAGGAGAUCCAAAAACUGAGGCACACAGAUCUAGACAUGGCGGAUGAAGAUUUCUGAGCUGAGAUGUCUCACUCAGAGGUACUGUGUCUACACAUAACAGCGCUGUGUGGGGAAACAACCUUAUCAGUCAUGUGAGGUUUUGGUGCAGGGCAGGGGCGAGCAGUCGUAAUGAGCUAUAAAUGCAGUCCAUGCCCAAGCCCCUUAAUAAAAAUCAUUGAAAAUAUUCAUCUGUCAGUGUUUUGAAUUAUACAAUAACUUAGUUCUACUGUUUUGGUCUUAAAUCCCUGCCUAAUCCGUCCCGUUUUGCUUGCGAAAAGCUGGAAAACUAGCAGCUUGUUUUGCGCAUUCGCACUGUGAUACCGAAUAGUUCAGUUAGUGCUAGAGGCUGUGUUCACUGUAGAUUAACAUUUUGAAGAGCAAAAAUGCUGUCAGUGAAGGAACCUAUCUGUGCAUAACUGGCUUGUUUGAUUUGUUCAGUGGGAAACAGUCAGUGGUUCAUUUCAUCACCACUUAGCCCAGUCAAAAUGAAUGAAAAGAUUCAUUCAACUCAGUCUUUGCGUUCAGUGCCGAAGUUUUGAGGAAAAGAAGAAUAUAAUUUCAAGAGGACGGCCUACUCCUGAAGUAGUUAUCAUAGUAGUUAACAUAUCCAUGGUGCUGAAAAUCCUCACUCCUUGCUGCUGCUCUGGGACACUUUUCCUCUUUCCCGCUCUGCUCGAACGCAGCUGAACCCGGCUUGAGUCCACUUCAUAGGUGAAAGCCUAUUUGAAUACUGUCAAUUCCAACAUGUUGUCGGUAAUGUUGUAGGCAUGUGAUUCUGUCAUUUGUCUGACCAUGGAGCUGGUUGCAUUAAUGUACGUGUGUGCAUCAACCCGUGUCAGUCUUGAAUAUUUCCGCCUUCAUUGAGCCGGCCGAUACGCUGUAAAUUCCACUACAUUGUUGUUGGUAACAUGAGGCAAGUGUGAGUGUGAGAGUGUCUACCAAAAUUGAGUUGAUACAGUCGUAAUAAACCAUGUUACGUGUUUGUAAUUAAUGAAUUUAUACUCCAAAAUUUUCGGCGCUUGCAUGGGGUUGACACUUCAGAAUGACCACAGUAAAAGGUCACCGCUCGCCACUGGUGCAGGGAGAGAUUGCUGGUCAUCCAAGCAAAAAAUUUGUUCCAAGCAGAAAAAAAAACCAUCUGGCAUCUUGUUGUGAUGUGUGCAAAAAACAGAUUCUUGUAAAACAACACUGUGAGUAAAACAUUGCUGGGAAAGAUAAAAUAACUGCUGCAUCAAUGAUAAGAUCUCUAACCCGGCUUUUCAUUCAACAAAACACGCUUAGAGUAUCCUCAGAAAUCCUUCCUCGUCAAAUAAGUUAGUAAUUUAAAAAGAGAGUAUUUUUCAAUGAAAGCCUACAGUCAUCUUCUACCAUCCAACUGGAGGAGCAGCAGGAAGCAGAUGAAGCUACAUGUGAUUGAAGCUCAUGACACGAAAAAAAAAAUGCAUACGAUUUACACAUUGUUGUAAAAUAUGCACAUGAUCGACACUUGAUCUUCAGGCAAAAACAACCUCCACGCCAUGUGUGGCCUGUUGCACAAACCAUGGUGGCCCGUGUUACAAUGGAGCAGUCAGAUGUUGACCCCUCCACAGUUGUUAUUCACUUACAGCCACAGGACACAGUAGGCCCACUGUUCACACCGGGGCAGGGGGUGACAUGUAGACAGACACACAGAGGGAUUUAUUGUUGCUGUCAACACUGUGGCCAACUUUGCUGCAAGGGAUAGCUUCAUUAUUGAAGCUUCUCUUUAAGUGAUCGGGGAAAAUUGGAGGAGAAGUGAGUGUUACCCCGAGGACGAGUGGACAAAAAGAUAGUAACACAAAUAAAGAUAUACAGAUCAAACGACGAAAUGUGAAACUGCUGCAACAAGAGAACUGAACAGAAGAUUUAUAAGACUCAGCGUUCGGUUUUCUGCAUUCUCGUUCUUUUUGAAAAUAAUAAGCAUUUCCACACGAUCGGGUCUCAGCUGAAUUCUCAAACACAGGCAGCACUGCUGAUAAGCAGAGAUACAGAUCGACUCGCUUUGUCAGUCUGGAGAAUCUGUCAUGUAAAAACUCACUAACUUUUAUGACUCUCAUGGAAACCUGCUGCACAGCUACAGCCCCUUGCAAAUCUCCAGUGCAGUGUGUGCAACAACUUCACCAAGUUGGUUUGCAUUGGAACCUGGUCUAAACAUGUAAUGUCACCCUGAUUGCUCAAUAAAUAGAUAGAUAGAUAGAUAGAUAGAUAGAUAGAUAGAUAGAUAGAUAGAUAGAUAGAUAGAUAGAUAGAUAGAUAGAUAGAUAGAUAGAUAGAAAGAAAAUAAAAUAUGAGGCCACGUGUUAUUUAUCUCUACCUAAUAGAAAACAGGCAAAAACAUGCAUGUCCCAGUUAGGGAUGGGGCCGAUCCCAUCCAGUAUCGAUAACAGGUUCUGAUAACAAUGUAAUUCAAUUGUACAAGUGAUUCUUGCUGGCUGGAAACUGCGAAAUGGAUUUCCUGAGCGGAAGCGUGUUAAUGUGACACAGAGAUGAAACACACCUCCCUUCAGGAAAUCCAUUCCGCAGUUUGUAGUCACGAAGCUAUCAGGCUAGCAUUGAAGAGCACGAGGGCUAGCAAUCUUUUCCAAACAACAUGUCUGCUGUGUGGAAAUAUUCUACAGUUGAAAUGUCACAAAGUAAGACAGCAACGUGCAAUGUUUGCAAAGCCAUUACUCUGAGAGGCACCGUUUUAUUCUUCCCCUGGCAUUGAAGGAAAACUUCUGAUCAAGGAGUCAUUGAGUGAGGGGCAAAAUAAAUGUUAAAACCUCAGCCUCUCUGUUAAGUGUAGACUCUUUAUAAAAUUAAGAUGUGUGCUUCAGGUAAUGUUAACAAAGUUCAAGUGUGUCACAGUUGACAAAGUCUCUGGAACCCCACAGGUUGUGUCACAGGCCAGCUGAAUUGUUGUCAAAAGUAAAGUUAUGUUUGAGGCAAAGUAGAAAAUUGAUCACAGUUUGCAUCAAAACGUGUAGAUGUUUAGAACAGAUGCCACCACAAAGAUUACGGCUUGUUUACUUCUGGUGGUUUUGUUGAUUGGUCCAUAUUUUGCUCGUGAGGAAGUCAGUGUAACAGCUUCUAUUUGUCAGCUUGCCUACGAACCGAUCGAGCGGUGUUACCAACUUGACAACCUUCUCACUAAACCUGGUGACUUUCACAAUCGUCUUUUGUGACCUUUUUUUUUCUUUCUUUCUUUUUUUGUUGUGACUAGCGACAAAUCUAAGACCUUUUUCCAAGACUCUGACGCAAAAGCACAUUUCACUCUGCAGUUACUGUCCUCAAUGAGCAGCAGGUGCUACUGUGAGCCCCUCCCUCGUCCCAAAGCACUCAUAGGUAGUAAAUUUCACAGUGGUCCCAGAUGCAGUCAGACCACAGUGGAAACACACACCAAACAAAUGUUUCUCCACUACCACACUAAAACAAAUAUCACUGCAUUUGACUCUUACAGCCUCAGUCACAUAGUUGGCAACACUGUGAGUGAAUGUACAGGAGAUUAUCAGAGUCUUCUAUAGUGGGCAAGAAUGUGAAGCACAUGAUUUGUUCAGCGAAUUGAAAUAGCUGACUAAUAUGCUUUAGUUUGUGUAUUAACAGAGUUUAUUUUACUGUCCAUGCAUGCCUGGAAAUCCCUCAUUGUGUCCAAGAGCAGAAUAAAAGUCCUGCAGGCUGAGAGACAGAGAUGUAAGAUAAUGAGCCUCUUUUUUUGAGGUAAAGAGAUUUCUGACUGAAUUAAUCAUCAUUAUUUGGAAAGGUGGAGACAACUUGCAUGUCUGAAAGAUUCUGUUUAAAGAGAAUAAGGACUGAAGCUCCAAAGAGGCUCCUCAGUCAGACGGUGUUGUGUAAGGCAACAAUCUGACAGCUGAGCUGAAAUUUACUUUCCAAGCUUUGUUUGGAGUUCAUGAGUAUAUAAUCUGACAGGGAUCUAACCAGGUUACAUAAGGCUGUGUGUGUUGUGGAUCAUCCACAAACUCAGCUAAUGAACAGGCCCUUAUGGUUAUUGAGGUUUUAUGACCUUCUCUGAACCAUAAAUCAGUCUAAUGAAAAAGGAUCUGUCUGAAGGCUGGGGCAGAUGAAUGUGUCACUUGAAAGGUUCAGCUGGUACUUCCACAGAGAGCAGUGUCACUCAGACACAAACCCUUUCAGCACCUUUUCUUUAAGAUUUAUCGACAGGGAGGAGAAAGGGGAUAGGCAUAGAGCGAGGCCACAAGAUGGUUUCAAAAUAUUGCCUGCAUAUCUGGGGUUCACCCGGGGCCUCAUGUACAAAGACUUGCAUGUAUUUCCUACUGAAACAUGGCGUAGUUGUGUGAAUCUGUGCGCAUGCAUGAAUCCAAGCUCAUUGUUUAUCCCAAUCAAUGUGGAAUUGAGAGGGCAAGUUGGAGUACCUGGCCCCUCUGGUGACCAGCUGUAGUAUAGGUCAUAAACCCCGCCUCCUCCAGCAAUCCCUAUGGGGCUGUGGACAAACUUUAGAAAUUUAUUACACAGAAUAUAUAUUUUUCUCCCCUCUGCUUACAAUGUUGACAUGUAGUUAUUGUAAGACUGGUUUGUGCUCAAGUCCUCUUUUUUCUGUACAGCUCCAUUUUUAAAAGUUAUUAGUGGGUUCAUGUUUUCCAUGAUUGACACUUGAUACAGCCUAUGGGCAUAUGAAGAUUGCGUAGCUCACCCGGGGGACACGCUGUUUGAACCGAGCGUCAUAACCGCAACUCUCCCGCCGAAUGUGUAUAAUGCUACUGCACAAGUGGCGGUUCCAGAAAAUGGGGAAAAUCUCAGACAUACGGAGAGCGAUUCGGCUUCAGAUUUGUAUAAAGGCGGAAGGUGGAACCAAGUUGUCUGGAGUAUAUACAGUCUAUGGUUUUGGGCUGUCAAUGUGGUGGGGUCAGAGAAGCGCACACAAGCAGAACUAAAAAAGAAGUGGUCUGACAUCAAAGUGGAUGUGGAUCAGAGGAUGGCUGCCCACCACAAAAGUGUAGCCAAAACAUGACUGACAUGACAUUAAUCUUCUCUGUCUCUGAACACGCACUCUCUUCGAAUUGCACCAUUUACAAUGUCCUCUAAAGCAGCCAUUGUUUUUAUCGUUUGCACCACUUUGCACAUGCUCUUAUAUCCACUCAUAUUCCUGUAGACAUGUGUUGUGUUAAUUGUUCACCAGAGUUGUAUCUCUGUUGGGCACAUCACUCAGUUUGAGGACUAACUGUUUUCACGUUUAUUUAUUAUUGCACUUUCACCUCUUAAGUGUCGCCAAAGGGUCAACGGCUGUAGAAACGUGCAUAUGGCAACCAUGAAGUUUGCGUGAGGCUCUGCACAUUUCCACGAUCAUUUACAAUUGAUACAUCUAAACUUAGGUGUGAAAAAGAACAUACACUACAUUUUUGUGCGUACUCACCCUCUUUACGAGGCCCCUGAACCACUGGGUUAUCUGUGCCUUCUUUUAGCAUCUUUUGUGACUCUUGGUGUCUCAGCACAUCAGUUUAGCUUUUACAGACAUGGUUUCUUACAGCAGCAAGAGCAGCAGGUGGCUGGUUGAAGAGGAAGAAAGCUGUAAUGAAAUCACCACUUGGCAUCAAAGGGCUGCAAAAGUCUGAAACUAGCUGGUGAGCAGUGAGGAGCAAUUAGCAGCUCAAAGUCCAAAUAUCUUCAAAAGAGUUUGUGUGUACCAAGCUGAAAAUUCAACUAGAUUUAUGAGGUAGGACAUGACUCAAGAUGUCAGCCAUACUACGCUAAGUGCGGCAAAUAAAGUUUAGUUUUAAAGUUUCCAUUUUAAAAAACAAAGGAAUGCUUGAUAUUUGAUGUAUUUCCAUGCUUUAAUUGGGACUCUGGGACAGAACUGCCAUCGAAAAAGAGCUGAUGUCAAGAUAAGUGGAAGGAAAAGUGAAGGAAAAAAGAGUUAGCUGGCCCAGAGAAAGUGUCUGUUAUGGAGGAGGGACAUCAAAACGCAAGGCAAGUUGAGUUUAUUUAUCAUCAUCAAGCUGUAUUUAAGUCUUGAAAUUCAUAGAGGUCCCCCGGCACAAAAACUUAAGGUGGAUUUUCCAAGUUCAAAGGGAACAUUUGGUGCUUGAAAAAUGUAAUAUGUAUGUAAUAAAAAAUAAUGUAAUAUAAAGUCUAUAAGCUUCAACCUAAUAAAUGGGUUUGUAUUGAAUCCUACCCCUUUGCUUUGCAAAUUUCACUACGCAGAGGUAUUGAUUUGACAGUGUCUGCAGAAUUUAAUUGAUAGCUGCCAAGCAACCAUAAAUAAAAUGCUACAUUUGUUUUUCAAGUUUACACAAAAAGGCUUCAUGGUGCUCCUCACGGUUUCCAAGCUGAAUAGUUGUAAUGUAUCCAUGCUGUUAGCACUACAAAGGAGGUGAACCCCUUCAAAAGAAAGAAACAUUCCUUACUGCAAGCUGCUAAUUGCACUGCAUUCAUCUGACCGCUCUACAUUUAGAUCUCCUCAGGGAUUCCAGUUUUCUCUUCAGGUCUCCAUACAGUGCUGAAGGUCCUGUCAUAAUAUGCUACAAUCUAAACCUUUCUGUACAAUGUCCAACGCAGCCGCCAUCGUUUCUGACCAGAAAAAGGACAGAAAAAUACAAUUAUUUAUGGUUGCUUAAUACAAUCUUAAAGCUUUUGGGCAGGAGAUAUUGUUGUUGCAGGUGAUUAGGGUUGAAAUAAAGUCAGAUUAUGUUGAUUUUGUCACAUUCAGUGCCACUAAUUGUCAAUAAAACAGAUUAUCUACACAUGUGGUUGCAGUGGGCCUUCUCCAACAUGUCAUGAAGAGAUAAAAGCGUACCUUUAAGUCCUCUAAAUGUAAAUGCUUAGUCUCAAAUAAUAGCCCACAAACUAUAACUUCAGGUUUGGUUCAAAUAAAAUCACGUUGAGAAUGAGUCCAUUGAUUGACGUAAGCAGGCUUGCAAUUUUAAGAAAUUUGUGUGGAUCCUGUAAAUAAAUAGACAUGUCAGUGACUCUCAGGCAUAAUGAUAAAUGAUACUAAUGCUGCAGCAACAUGGCGUCAGUCUAUUUUCCCAUGUCCAGCAGUUGUGAUCCUCCUGCUUUAAAAAGAGUCUAUUUGCUCUUUGUUCUCUGCCUCAUGCAGAAGAAACUCGACAUCCGUAUCAGAGACUUUAUUUUCUGGACUCUCCUCUUUGCUGUGGUUCAUAGCAGGAGCCUUUGAUCUUUAAGCUCAUUUGUAUGCAUACCUCAUUCAUGAAGUGAUUUGAAUUGACCAUAUAUGGCAGAAUGUGGGCGUGUAAAGGGUGGGAUUUGAGGCUGAACAACUUGCACAUAUUCUCAUCUUGAUCUUGAAUUAUAAAAGGAACAAUGUGUCUACAUUUUUUCUGGGUUUUGGGGGAGGUGCACUCUCAGUGUAGAUUAUAUGUUCUGUUUAAACAAAUGAGGCCCCUGAUACUGUUUUUAUUCAAAUAGGGCCGAACAGUAACACAAGAUGAAUGUAAUGCCGCGUUCCAGUUACCUUGGAAGUCGGAGCUGGGAAUGACGCUACACCCGAGUUGAUGGCGUUCCAGUAAAGAAGUCGGUUGUCAGGCAUUGUGAGCUGUCGUUAGCUGUUGUCAGCUGUUGAUAGUUGUGGUUAGCUAUACCAGUUGUAUACAACGCAUAACAUGGUAUUUUACUCUUUCCAACACCAUAGCACCGUGUUCACAUUUAGACGUUGGGCAGUACAACAUAUACCACUUAUUUAAUUUCACAAAAACAAGACAAAAGUGCUAAUAAAUUAUACAUUAUAAUAGCUUUCACUGUUUCUCUUCACUGUUGAUGCACUGCGCUGCCAUCUUGGAUUCUGACGGUGUCGUCAAGUCGGGGUUGGUUAGGAUCAUCUGACUUUCCGAGUCAAUAAUACGACUUCAGGGGGCAUUCCAGAUGAAUUUCCGACUCAGAGCCCAGAAAUCCUGACUUCCGAGUACAACCGGAGCGCAGCAUAAGCCCCUGAAGGUGUUGUAAUCAUUAUCUAGAUGUUUUUUUAGGACUUUGGAGAUGAUUUGACUCUUUCUUAUGUCUGUAGGAGUAUGAAAAAAAAACAUUAUGAUGUGCUUAUUCAGUAGUUAAUGACCUUUCUUGGGGGUGAAACAACAGAAGGUCAACAUCAUAGUUGUGCAGCUCAGUUGCUGCUCAUUUCAAACAUGGAUUUUUAGCUAUUUGGUGUGUGGUUCCUGGUAGCGAGUUUGCAGUAGCUGUAAAACACAAACUUUGCUCUUACAGAGACCCUUUAUGUAACAGUGUUAAUCUAAGUCUGCGUUGUUGCUGGAAUAUUGCAGAAUAAUAGCAGCCACACUGGAUGAACUUCAUUAGAGACUGAAAACACCAGCUGUUUAACAGAGAUCCUCUCCUACCACUCAGGUCUCUGAAACAGAACCGUCAUCACCAUUCAUCUGCUUAAGGGUCUGUGUGUGUGUGUGUGUGUGUGUGUGUGUGUGUGUGUGUGUGUGUGUGUGUGUGUGUGUGUGUGUGUGUGUGUGUGUGUGUAUCCCAGCGGUUAAACAAGUAAAUGGAUAUUUUUAGUCCUUAUGAAUUACUGGAGCACACAUUAAUGUAACCUCAGGCUCAAGGUUGGCUUUGUCGCGUAUGACCUAAUUCACACACACACACACACACACACACACACACACACACACACACACACACACACACACACACACACACAAAUACGACACAGACAGAUGUGUGCAUGCGCCCCUGUCUUUCUUCUUCUCUCACUCAUCCUCCCUUUUUGUCCAUCAGCAAGGAAAAGGAAGCAGAAGCACUGGAAUGCAGUGAAAGGAUGUUUUCCCUAAACAUGAAGAGUGUUAAAGGAUUUUUCUUGAAUUAUAAGAUGAAAGUUUAUGUGUUUAUACUCUCACUGAAUUUCGGCAUACUCCCUGGACAUGUUUUUUCCAGCUUCUUGAGAAGUUCAGUCUCUGCUGUUCCAUUGAGACAAUUUUGAUGCAAAUACAGCUCUGUCAUCCAUCCCAAAGUUUUAUGAAUCUUCCCUCGUCUGGAAAGUUGAUUUCACCUCUUGUCUUUUCCUCUACUCUGCCCCUUGUUCAAUCAUUUACAAGACAAUACAGCCACGUAUUUAAAGGUGGGGUAGGCAGGAUCUGAGGAAGUGCCAGUUUUUAGUAGAAAUCUUGAAUGUAAACACUACCCCUUCCAACCAGUUUUCCCCUCAGCUCCUCCUCUCUCCCUUUCUGCUCCAGCAAGCCCCGCCCACAAACAGACGCUCCUGCUCGCUCGUAUCGUUCCUGUUAAAUUCAGAUAUAAUGCAGAUAAAUACUUCAGAUAAUUACAAAUGGGGCCCAGUCAACGUGAAAGUCAAAAGCAUUGGUGCUACUGUAGAUGCCAACAGACUACCAGCAAACACAAUGUUUGCAGGACUUCUACAACGAGGAUAAAGUGACAUAGUCCAGGACCCGAGGUCAACAGUUUAGCGGCGCUACAACACGCAGCAGGUCCCGUUUGACAAGAAACACUUACCGGUCAAAAAUGUUAAAAUGUUGACUACACAAUUUCCAAAUGUCAUCAAUAACUAUUGGCUGUUGACUGAUAUUAAAACUUUUUUUGCAUAUACACCACAAAAGAAGAUGCUUCUUUAACAGAAUCAUGCCUACCCCACCUUUUAAAGCUUGUUGCUUUACUGGUGACUCUUUUUAAAUAAAGGCCAACAAAAGCUGAAUUUGUUCUUCAGCGUUUCAUUAAAACCUGGGACUGCUCAAUCUAAAGGGACCUUCAAUAAAGAGUUAGAGCCACGCGCUAGGAGGGACGUCAUAAUGACACAUGAACAUAACAAAAUUUAAAGCACGAUGGGGACUUAGCUGACCCCUCAAUUCCACCAGAUCUUAGUUCAGCCCAUCUGGAUUUUCACUGUGGCCCAUGUGUUUGCUUUCCACUGGCGUCACUGAGGUCUUUAGCUCCAGCUAUCUGCAGCAGAUAUGCACCACUUCUAUUUAUGGCGCCCCCUCCUUCCUAUCUGGUUAGUUUUCAAAUUACUGUUGGCAACAUGAAUGCCAUACUUGUGUUUCACUUACAAGGACAAGACAAGAGACCUUUUUGAGCAGCAAACAGGCAAAUCUCCUUGAUAGAUGUCCCAGACUGACAUUGAAAGGAAAAAGUGCGACACCAGGUCUCCUUUAUUGUUGGUUCUGGAAAAAGUCAGACAGCACCCACUCUGAAAUUCAUUCUUCCUUCCCUCUGCUUCCUUUUUCUUGCUCUCUCUAUCUCGGUCCUGUCCCCCUACUUCUUUGCCCUCCUGGAGAUCACAGCUUGUGUUGUCAGUCGGCCUGACCGUCAGGAACAGGAAACUGCUCUGCCAAGUUUCACACAGUAGUCUGAGGGCUAAUGGUCUGCCCUGACACUGUGCCACAGCUUCUAGCUCAACUUGCCUCUCAGGGUCAGUCCUUCAUUUGCUCUGACGAAACUGUACGAUGGGUCAAAACAAAAGAGAGGGAGAAACAUCUGCCUGAGGUUCGGAUCUCAGAUUGUACACGAGUGUACUCAAGACCCAGCGUUGGUCACAAGUGUGUAUCUCCAUGCGUGAGCUGCACGUCUGUGUGGAUUAUACUGUUGAAUGUGUGUUUUGUUUUCUGAUGACUAUGCCCACUGACCUGCAUGAAAGCAUGAAGCAUUCCUAAACAAUCAGCUGGCCCCAUUCUAAAUGAGUACACAUGAGAGGAGUGGAUAUAUUCAUUAAACCAGAACAGACAUGGGUCACUACAGCACAGACAUAUGGCUUUUUGCUGAGUGGGGAUUAUGGGAAACGUGAGGUCUCUGGGCAACAAGACGGACGAAAUUGACGCACUUGUUCGGCACCAGUGGGAAUACCUGAAGUGAAGCAUUAUGGGCUUCACAGAGACAUGGCUGCAACCAGACAUCCAGGAUAACAGCGUGGCUGUACCCAACUUCAGAUCUGUUCAACCUGAGUCUGAGCCAGGAGAGGAUACCGGGGCUGUGGAAGACCUGCUUAGUUCCAGUUCCUAAGAAAUUGUCGCCAUCAGAUCUGAAGAACUACCAACCACUAGCUCUCGAAUAUCUCAGGUCAUGAUCAUGUUAGAGAGGCUUCAUCUUGACCCACAUCAGGCCGCAGGUGAAGACAUUGCUUGAUCCUCUUCAAUUUGUCUACCAGCCACACCUGAGAGUGGACGAUGCCAUCAUCUACCUGCUGCAAUUAUCUUGGCUCGCUAGGAGAAAAAGCUGCGGUAACACCAUCAUUUCCCAGUUUGGGAUCAAUAAAGUAAUUCUGAUUCUGAGUUAGUCACAUCUGUUCUCAUCUCCCAAAGGAACCAAUUACUGAGCUGCUUCACUUCACUUUGGUUAAAAGGACAAUGUUCUGUUUGCAUUGGCAAAUGAGCUCAUAUUUACCUUUCCCUCCUGCAGCAUCAGUUUUAAAAGCUGUUCACAGGUUUUGCAUUGAAGUGAUUUGCCUAACGCUCAGUACAUUUACAUAUUGUUCAAGAAAUACACUUAAACUUCCCAUUUGGGACUGAUAUCCCCAGAUGAAGCAGUUUGUCACAGAUACACUGGGAGCGAUUUUGGCCUUCGUGUUUAGCAUGUGACCAAGAGUUUGCAUUGGCCAGGAAGUUGAACCGUGCAAAUGCGUCAGUAAAACUGUAAAAGCGAUCAUCCAUCAGCCCCUCGCUAACAUACUUUGUUAAUUAUGUACGCAGUAGAUCAAACAGGAGAUGGCCCAGUAAUGAGCUGAAAGGGGACAUGUCCACACCUACCAGAGUGAGGGCCAACAUACUUCGGUCAGUAAUUUGAUUGUUGCUUGUAAACUGGGACGAGGACAGCAGUCCAGAUAAAUUGUCCAACAAGCUUUAACAAUGAGUCCUGCCCACUUUGUUUUUUGUUGAUUGGUCUGUUAAGUUUGAAAUUCCACUAAUUCACUAUAAAGUUUGAGUUUCUCUCCAUUUUAAAACCUUCAUGUAGUUGUUUUAAUUAAAAAUAAACAUCAUUUUGCCAACUAAACAGACAGCCUGUUUACUGGAAAUAAUUCUACAAAUAAUUCUUCAAGCUUUUUAAAAGUGCAGAAAUACUGAAUGUUUUUGACUUCGUUCGCUGAUUGCAACUUGUAUCUUCAGCAAAUGUCUGAAAGCACGGCUCCAGCUAUUAUACUCAGACAAAAACUCGUGAAGAAAAGAAACCCACGAUCAGUCAAAUUUGGGUAAGAGACAACAGGAGUAACUUCAGAAACCUUUCCAAUAAAUGCUGUUGUUCUAAGGAUCAUAAUUCAUCUUUAAUGAUGUUCAAAACUAUGUCUGAUCUGUGACAGACACUCUUCUCCAGUAAUGCUGGUAUUUGGACAGCUUUACAGUCCUGUUUUACCUGGUUACAGUUUCCAAAGUUAUGAUUGAACAAUGGGGAGUAGGGAAGAGCAAGGUCAACAGGGAGGGAUUGUAAAUGAACCUUUCAAAAACAUUGACACAGGAUCUUAUAUCUAGUGCAAUGUUUUGCUGUUUCUGUACAAUACUCCUCUUCUCAAUGACUCAAUAGACCGUUUGCAACACAGAAAACCUCGGGCACAUACAGCAAAGCUGCUGCUAAGAUUCUGUAAAUACUAAAAUCAGGAGUCCGAGGGUCUCAAUUUCUGCAGAAAUUAGGGUGACCAUAUGUCCUCUUUUACCCGGACAUGUCUUCUUUAGGGGGGCUGUCCAGGGGGAGUUUAUGAAAUCGGUGGUAGUUCUUUUGCCUUUGCGUCCUGGUCUAAUUGCAUUUCAAUGAAGUAAUGAUCAUAAAAUUUCUGCUGCACUCGUUGAUCGACUCGUCAGGGCUCCCCCACAAACAAGAGAGUGGGUGAGUUGUGUUUAGUCUCUUUGCUAAAGAAAUCAGGCAAAGCUCAAAAGAUGUUUGGUGGCUAGUACUAUGGCUGGGACCCUAUACUGUUGUACUGUUGAUGAAGUUAGGUGCUGUUCUGAGCGUUAUUUGUGGCUUUAGCGUACCUUUUUUGGUUGAGAUUUGCACAUGGAGAUGUAGACCGCUGUGUAUUCCUAUUGUGCGGUUGUUGCUGAAGUUGGUAUAACUAGAGAAGCAAACAACAUUUAUAUCUCAAAGGAAUGUCUAACUCUGUGUCACGGGGUGUUUGACCAUAACUUAAAUUUAUGCCGGAAUAUCCCUUUUAAGUAAGUCUAACACAACAUGCUAUAAUAUACAGAAAAAGCCAUCCACAUUAUUUGUUAAUCUAGGCUAAUGAAUCAACACAACUAUGGCCUUUAUGUAAUUACAACCCAAUAAAACAGAGACCAACUUCCUGUUUCAGUAAUGCACCAUUCUUAAACUUGACGAGGUUUUUCUUUUUCAUCUCACAAAGCUUAAUAAGGGACGUCUCUGUCACUUUAUCAAUUCUCUCCAGUAAAGGGAACAGUCUUUUUAACAGAAGCAAUUAGAGAGGAGGCUACAGGCCGAAUCAAAGUUUGAUAAACCCAGAAUGUCCUGUAUGGCAUCUGCGUUGAAACCAAUAGAAAACAUUUCUUACUCUUCAUGGAUGUUUUAUACAGUCAUUGGUCGCAUCAGAAACCAAAGAGGAGCCUGUGAGCCGGUUUGUAAAGCAUCCUCUAAAGCAAGUGGCAAAUGUAAACAGUGUUUUGAACCCAUGUACAGGGUUGCGAAUUCAAAAUGAUCAAGCUUGAUGUAUCUAUACUUCUUAGAAUCGAGUUAAAGCUUAGCUAUGGAUGCACCCUGGCUGUUCCUGCACUUUUUGAAGAAGUUAUGAAACCAUAUCUGUGAAUGAAUCAGGCUUGUGUUAACAUCACAGGAUCAGGAUUCAGUCAGUGGCCUGUUGGCUGCUUGUCUUGCAGAAGUCUAGCAGUGUGUCUAGCAGGGAUCACUCACAGAGAGUAAUAUCCUGAUGGGUAACUGAGGCAUAUAAAUAACAGCAGGGGAUGUGGAACCUUGCUGUAAUUGAGCCGACUGUACACAUAGUAUUUCUUACUAAUGAGCAGAAACACACACACACACACACGCACAAAUCCCUGUCAGUAAAGAAAUCUCAGAGAGCCAUGACACCCACCUCGGCAGCAGAGAGUGACGGCGGAGAAACAGAAGACCAUAAAAGAUAAAUGAAGAAAAAGUGCACAGCUAGUGAUAACUAAGUAGUCGUGUUGGCUGUGGUGGUGUGUCCCGCUGAAAAGAGGUUGUUUUUAUCAAAAUCUUUCCAGCUGCUUUCUGCCUCAUUAUCAAAUGACAUGGAGAUGGUCUUUGGCAAAGCUGCACACACAGAUCCGUUGAAGGUGCACAUCAUGCUCUGCAGCUCGUGUUCUGUCGCCGGGUUGGUUUUACAUGUUUGUUUCUCUGAUUUAUUUGAAACUUUGUGUUCUGCUAAAGAAAAAAAAAAAAGUUUGAUAUUUUUCUCCUUGCUUUGCUCACAGAAAAUCAACAUUCGCACCACAUGGAACUGUGUGUUACAUGAGGUGAAGGAACAGUACAGUUUAAAUGAAUAACACGUUAUCUCUUUGUCGUCUUGAUUUUCCAGAGUUUGUUCCACAGCACCAUGAACAAGAUGAAGAACUUUAAGAGGCGUUUCUCUCUAUCUGUUCCCCGCACCGAGACCAUUGAGGAGAAUGAAUUCACCGAGCAGAUCAAUCAGCUCAACAUUCGGCACACUCAGGGUAAGGACUCUUAUUUUCCCAAGCCUGUUAAAAACCUGAAAGAUAUCAACCUGUAAUUAGUUUAUUUCCCAGUUUGAAAAGUUAAGACAAGUUUCAUGGCUUUGACUUCCAAAUUAAAACUUUAACUUAUCAGCAUGUCCAUAUUAGAAGCUUUUUUUAAAAAAUGGAGAUUGCGUUUCGUACAAGAAGUAUGUCCAUUGGAUGGUAGACAAAACAGACAGAUUGGUACCGCUUGCGCCUGGUUCCCUUCCUCUGACAUAAGAUGCUUUUCGACCAAAAGCACCCAGAACUUUUAGCUCCAGGAUUUCCUGUCAUGGUACUGAAUGGUUCCUGUGGCCUGUUGUUGUCUGUGUUUCCAUCAGGCCAAUGACAUCCACAAAUGACAUUUGGAAAUAAAGUUACAUGCACAGCUCUUUGUUUGAGUCAAUGAAGAAUUUCUUUCUUCCUUUUUUUUCAAUAAUAAAGCAGUCAUAAAUCAUUUUGGCAGACGGUAAGCUGAUUGAUUAUCAAAUCAAUCAAAUCAUUCUGCCAGAAGUGUAAGUCGAUGAAUAGUAGGGAUGGGGAUCAUUAGUUUGUAUCUAUACUGACACCAUCAUUGAGACUCCUUAAUGGUUCGAGUCCUUAACAAUACUGUUAUUGAGUCUUUAACCAUAAUUGUUCUUCUUUAAAGUACUAUAUUUAUACAGUUUUCCCCUGGACAUGACAUUUGAACAUAUCAUGAUAGAGUAUUAUCUACUUUUGCCUCAAGUCUUUUUUACUGACCUUGAACACCCCACAAUGAUUCCUCUGGAAUUAGUUCGUUAAUUAGCACAUUAGCUUUUAUCCUGCUGAGUUCAUCAUGGAUUUCAACACUGGAUCAUGAUUUUGAAUUAACAGGACCUGCUCUUAAGUCUGACUGUGCUGACCCCCGCUGCUUUGAGUGAAGAGGAAGAUGACAGUCCUGCAGCAGCAGCAGACAGUGUCAGUGGAGUUAUUUCUAGCCGUAGACUUUCAAAGGUGCUGCAGGUACUUUGACUUGAUCUGAUACACAGUGUAGAUGUGCUUGGCAAUGGAGGUUGUGUUUCCCCCCUUGCAAGAAAAUGUUUUGCAGCAAAAACUGUAUUUUGCUUCAUCCCGUCUCCAGCUUCAACAUCAUGUAGCCUCAUUUGGACCUCCUCGCACAUGUUUGCUGCUCAAACAUUUUAUUAGACAGUCUGAUAGCAAGCUUGGAAGCAUGUAAUAAACAUAUGUAACUGUGGUGAUCGUAACAAACAGGAACCAUAAAUUAUGAAUUUUCAGAAGUUCAUUGAUUUGCGGCAACAACAGGAAUGUUAACAGAGUGUAUUUGGCUGUAAACAGUUAAGUUGAACAGAAAUUGCCGAAGCAGCAGAGCUUACAUUAGCUUUUCCUGCCUUUUAGCUGGUUGUCUACGGUGGCCCUGAGGUGCAAAACACAACGGCAAAAAGAGAAAACACAACACAAAAAGAGAAAACACAACACAAAAAAAUAAAACACAACAGCAAAAAGAGAAAGCACAAUACAAAAGGAGAAAACAGCGGAAUAUCAGAAAACACAACAAGAUUAACCAUUGUUUUCUCUCUUUUUGUGUUGUGUUUUCUGUUUUCUUUGUGUGUUUUCUGAUUUGCCGUUUUGUUUUGCACCUCAGGGCCACUGUAGAUUUCACAUGCAGUUAUCCUUUGGAAAAAAAAAAGGCCAUUAGCCACAAUGUCUGGUGGGAAAAUCCCAGGAAAUAAUAGGCAUAUAGAUCUGAAUGUAAGAUUAUUUUCCCUUGAAAUACAUGUGGAAAAACUGGUUUCUUGUUGGAGGUCUGCGCUCUUUCAUGCCAGCAUACUUUAGCCGCUGAAAUGAAUUAAUGAAAUAGGUUAUCUGGGAUUUUUCUGUCACUCAAACAGCAUAUGUCAUAUUCAGUGACCUGUAGAGGCAAAAAGGAACAAGUGGGGCUGCAAGGUUGUCAAAAAUGAAGUUGCAAAGUAAUUAUUAGAGGAAAAAUGACUGAAGAGGGUUAAUGAUCAAGCAGAGGUUACAUUCACAGCACACUAGGACAACAUCUAUCAGCAGAAAAGUCUCCUACAGGCUGAUCAGGGUGAAGUUUUAAUGAAUUUACUUCAGACAUAAGUGAUUAGUAUGACUAGACCCCAGCUCUGUGGACAAACCAAACAGUUUAGAGGAAUAAUCCACACACUUAUUAUUUAUAGUGUUUCUGUUGAGCCAGCUGAAAUGUCACUGAAGGGUUUGAGUUUUUGGCAGGGUGGCCUGAGUGGCUUACAUUUCAUAAUGUCUAAAACAGUUGCUUAAUUAGACAUGUUUUAAGACCUAAACGCUGAGAUCUCCUCCUUUUGUGUUCAGGACCCUGCAUGAAUGAACAGCUUAUGUCUAAUAAUAGAGCACAAACUGCAAUCUCAUUCUGGGUUUUAAUACCAAAUACAAAAGCCUUCCUUCCUCCUGUGUCUGUAGCAAACUGUCGCAGAUUAAAGAGGGUUUUUCCGGCUACGACUGGUACCACCACCGGGGCUGAGGAACAGAGGAUCAGCAGGUUUCAAAGGGAAAUGAGGGUUAUGCCAGGAUAAGUAAUGUGAGAGAACUGAACGCAUUGAGAAUGAGGUUUUCUAGUAUCUCUGGUUUGUUAUGCGGAGUUUGACCGUGAAGAUGGUACAAAGAGAUUGAAUUAUAAUGAAGAGCACCUCUGGAUCAAAGCACCACCAGGACACGGUGCAUUAAGAGUUGUUGUUUAUGGUUAUUUGCCCUGAGUUGGCGCUACAACACUCAAAGUCAAUGGAAGAAGUGAAGAGAAGUUGAAGGUCUCUUCAGGAACACACAAAAUAGUGUAAAGUUAAGUGCAUGAAAAUUUCUGUUCAAGCAUGAUGCACCAGUCAGGUGGUUAUAUCUGACCUGCUUGUUCAUCUGAUUCUGGACUGAAACAGUCAUGAUGAGGAGGAGACUCAAGGUUCAUCUCAGUUAAAGGAGGCAUUUAUUCUGUUACCUGGAUGAGAGUGGCAGCGUGAUGUGUCCUCUAAACCCUCUAGAGAACAUCUGUCUGCAUCACUGUCUGCUCAUGAAGGUCAAACAAAGGAGAACCAGACAGAGACACUCAGACACACAGGGAUACAGUGAAAAACAAAGAAGAUUAAGAAGUGUGUGUGACAAAAAAAACAGAGGCUGUGUGAUGAACUGUUUGCUUUGCUUCAUCCCUCCUUUCCUAACUUUUAUCUCAUAAAGCAAUGCACGCACCAUAUCCAUAUCCAAUACCUCGCCAUAUUUGGUCAUCUUGACUAAAAACGCUUUUCAAAUACUGAUACUAAAAUCUGAACGCCUGAAACUUGUUUCUAAAAGUCUAUCAAGUCACAUUUCAACAACACAGAGCUCCAUUUUACUGAACUCUGCUGUUGUUUGCUGAAUGACUCAGAGUCUGAAUAUUAGUCUGAAGAAAUCAUAAAUCAGAUUUGAGAAAGAGGGGUGGACGUGUAUCAUAAUGUAGCUCAGCUCUGUUAUAAAGUUCACCUGCAACGUAUGCUGAGCGCCAACAGGUGUUAUGAUGAGUUUCACGUCCUUGUCAAAACAUGUUACCGAAGUUGAAAUCAGCCGAGACUUGGAGUUUAGUGAACAUUAAACCCAGAGAGUUCCCCAUCUCAUAUCCACCCGACAUGCUCCUCUAAUUGAAACAAUGUGAUUCAUCUCAUCUCUGAAAUAAUGUGUCCUCCUCAGCUUGUGUCUUAUCCUCAGGCUGCAGGUUGUAAUAAGGCAGCUGUCAGAGUGAGUUUGAGUUGGCUUUUGGUUGCUAAGUUUUGACUGUGAACAGACUUCUUUCCAGCACGCACAGUGGGGACUAAAAUCCAGUUGUUCAGAUUGUUGCUGUGGGCCAUGAACACACAGUGCCUCACGGUGCUGCUUGGUCCUUGUAACCACAUGAAAGAGAAGGAGGAGAGAAAGGACACUUUUCAUUUUGUCCUGAUUCAAAGGUUCCUUUUAUGGCGUUUGUUGUUUUAUAAUCUAUCAUGUAAACCCAGGCCUCUGAAAACUUCAUUAUUGCAUCAGAGUGGGGCGUUUACAUAAGGAAGCACAGAUCAUAUCAUGUACUGGAUGGUGUAAUUUAUUCAAUGGAACAACGAGACAAUUUUAAGCUGCAGUGAUGUGACCUACCAUUAUUUCAUCAUACCUAAUUGCAGUGAAGCUGCAGACACUUAUUAGAGGAAAUGAGCUAAUAAUGGGGACCUUUCUGUUUGUUUGUCUCUGGUUACACUUCUCCAUUUCAUGCACCAGUUAUCUCAGGGCUUUUGAAUGACACCACCUACCAUGCAUAUUUGGGGGACAGCGACGAUCUAGCACAGUGGUACAAAGAUAAUGGUCUGGAAAACCUGGAACUAGGACUGGGCAAUUUGGCAAAAAAAUGAUCACGAUAUAUUUUGUCAUAUCGUCCAUUUUUUUUGUUUGUUUUGGACUGCCAGUUGAAAGCAUCUGUACUGAAAACAAAAUAAACUAGAGAUUAGUUCAACAUUUUAUUAAACAGAUCUGCUGUGUUUCCGGUUUUUGAGGGCACCGACCACCGACAUACUUUGCAAAUCGGCUUCUUUGCACAACAUCACUUUGGAGAUAUCCGAACCACCGCCACACAACCGGCGUUGAAUAACUUUUCUUCUCAUCUUUUGGAGGAUGACUCAAAGUCAUGGCUGACAUCUAUUUUGCUGCCCUCAGCUCCAAGUUUAGCUCCACAUUCGGUCAUUCUGUUCACUUCACUUCUCCAGCAACUUACAGAAGUGAGCAGGAAAAGCUUGACUCUGAUUGGCUGUUGUCACGCACAAUCUGCCAUGUUUGAUCGAGUAAAUAUGCUCACAGCUGAUCACCGUGAUCAAACUGAAAUUUAUCACAAUCGUAUAAUCGCCCAGUCCUCCCUGGAACAUGACGUUGAUCUCAUAGAAAUUAAGACCCAGACUCACCAUCAUUUCCAGAGCUGAGGAUAGGUAGGGAGACUUUUUUUUCUUCAUCCCCUCAAGGAUAAAUAAAGUUCUUCUUAUCUUAUGUUACCUUAUCUUAGUUUCAGUUGCCUUGAAAUCACCAUGGACAUCACAAUACUAUUCCUGCAAUUCCUGCAGACAAAAGCUCAGAAUAAGAAAAGUUAUAGACUUCUAUGACUUCAACAAAGACCCAAUAGAGACAGAAAUAGCUCUCCAAAUAGCCAUGGGAUAUGCUCGGCUCAUAACACGAUGUCUCUACAGCAGGUGAUAAAAACCCACAUCAAAUUGUAGUUAUCUAUAUAACGCCAGCAGUUAUAUUGUUCAGUGGAUGCUGAAGGAUAAGAAAAAUAUCACACUGAGCAGUGGCCUGUUUACACUGCUACUGUCUGCCACAGCUUCAGAUUCAACUCUGACUCUUUUUAUGUGCUUCACGUAUCACUGAAUAGUUUUCUGAUGUGUAAUCAAAGAUAUAUUACCCUUAAACCUUGACUUAACUCAAAACAUCAAAGACAAAUGUGUCCCUUAGAUUUUAGCCAUUAUGCUCAUUGCUGAAAACUGAAAGACUACUAUGCAGAGGUAUCUAUGUAUAUUGUCAAGAUUGUGUCAAUGUGUGUUUGAACAAAGGAAAGACUAAAAAGAGAUUUUAAUUAACUAAAGUUAAAAAGGGCAAACAACAAAAUGAAUAAAAUUUGGGUCUAAUGAUUUGGAGAUACUUCAUAGUUUGUCAUUUCAGAUGCAAAAACUUGAAGCUAACGUCUGUAGCGUAGCAACAAUGGAAAAGGCUUCUAGGGAGAACCUUAAUGCAGUCCUGUUAUUGGAAUGAUUUCCUGGUUCCCUGAUACCAUUUUGAGCGUUUCAAAACAAGAGCAGCUGGACCACACUGACAAACACAGACAGUCAGUCUGUCUCAGUUCACUGCUCACCAUGAACACAUUAGCAUUCCCAAAGGAUGAACACACACACAGUUUUAUUCGCUAUCAGAGGAAGAAGAAGAAGAGGGGUAUAGACACACAUGUUGAUCUCUGCUUGUCAGAUGCUUAAGACUUUAAGAUUUAGUCAUUCAAACAUAGAUUUGUAUAUGUGUAGAUCUGAAUAUGUUUAUAAUAUUUCACACGAGGCAGAAAUCCUUUGUUCAUUUUUCCUGUAUCAGUCUUUUCAAAGCUGUUUAGCUGAGCUGCCAUAUGAACGUGUUAGUGUCACACUGAGAUUAAUCACAUCAGCCACUGUGACACAUCAGGGCUCUGAUGAGCAUCUUCAGGAUCCCAGUUAAAAACAGAUUGUCUCUGAGUCUGCAGAUGAAACACCAGCAGAAAUGGAUCCUGAUUAAAGAAAUAUCAAAUCAUUUCAAUCAACCUUUUCUUUGACAAGGGAUUCAAAACUCUGGCACGUACAUAAAAAAAAAAAAGGAAAAAACAGACAGGAAUUAUCCUGCUGUGUUCUCUGGCAGCCCCUCAUUUGCUUUUACAGUGAGAUUAACAUCCUUAAACCAAUGUACAAAACCCAAUUCCAUUGACGUUGGGAAAUUGUGAUAAAUGUAAAUAAAAACAGAAUACAAUGAUUUGCAAAUUCUUUUCUAUAUUUUCUAUAUUCAAUUGAAUACACUAAAAAGACAAGAUAUUUAAUGUUAUUUUUUUUCUUGUCGCAAAUAAUAGUUAAUUCCAACUUUGAACAGCCUUUAAGGUCAUGUCAUUGUUUACUUCCAACAAGUUUUGAAUAGAUUAAUAAACUUUGAUCCAAGUUCAUGUCUUAGUUAAUGGAUCAACAGCUAACAAAGUCAAAUUCUGGAUUAACUGUGCCCACCUCUGGUCUUGGGAUAUUAAGCUUUUAGCAUGUUUGAUUGGCAUAAACUGGUGAACACAUAGACUGUAUAUAGAAUGGACGCCGUUUGCCUCCUUGCUAGAUGAAGCCACUGCGAAAACAGCACCCUCUGGUGACUGGCUGCAGUACAGGUCAUAAAUCCUGCCUCCUCCAGCUGUGGACAAACUUUAAUAAUUAAUUACACAGAAUAUAAAUUGGGAUGUUGACAUGUAGUUACAGUAAGACUGGUUUGUGCUCAAGUCCUCUUUUUUCUGUGUAGCUCCGUUUUUAAAAGUUAUUAGGGGGUUCAUGUUUUCUAUGAUUGACACUUGAUACAGCCUAUGGGCGUACAAGGAUUGCAUAGCUCACCUGGAGGGAUACCCUGUUUGAGCUGAGCAUCAUCACAGCGACUCUCGGCGACUCUCCCGCCGAAUGCUUACAAAGCAACUGCGCAAGUGGUGGAGUGCGUACAACGCUAUUUAGGAAAUGGAGAAAAAAAAAAGCUUUUUGGCUUCAAAUCUGUAUACUAGCGCAAGGCGGAACCACAUUGUCCACAGUAUAUACAGUCUAUGGUUUGGACGAUUUACAAAGUCUAUCAAAGUUUAGAGAGAACUUGUUUUGUUAAUGCUGUUUUUGUCUUUCCUUGCUGCAGAGUGUGUUUUGUUUGCUACACCAAACAAAGAGAUGUUUCUGCCUUGUGUGAUAAAGAUCACAAUGAGUUGCAUGUAAGACAGCAGGGGAAUGGUGGCACCUAUCUCAGUGUCUAAUUCAGGAUUUUUUUCGUAACUGAGCCAAACUCAAGACUAUGAAUUACAUGAAACUCAAUUUUUUUUGCUGCCAAUGAGUCUCACCCCCCUUCCAGAGAUCAGUAAUAUUUUUAAUACCACGUCUUUGUCCUCUUCUCUGCGUCCACAGCUUUAUAUAGACAACUCACAAAAGCUUCAUGUGGUGUACCGUAUUGGAUUGUCCUUUCUCUAACAGGAUGUCUAGCUCUAGCCGGUAUCCAUCCAUAUCUCACAGCAGUCAGGCGCUGUGUGUGGGUGUGUGUGUGUGUGUAUGUGUUUGUAUGCGCGCAUAUCAAUGUCACUUUUCCUGACCCCAAUUAGCAUUGGCAGAUCAAAGGAGCGGUGUAGCUGUGAUAUUCAAAUGACUAGCAAACAGGUUAUCAUUUCAGCCCUCCAGCCCGUUGAGACUGUCGAUCAAUCUGACACAAAGUGGUCUGAUAGAAGAACGGCUGCUUUGUCACCGUCUUAGCUCAUCCUGAUCACCCUGGCCUCGGUCUGUCUGGCUUCUUUAUCUUUCCAUUGUUAUUCUCCAGCAGCAGCUAUUGUGAGGGUGUGCACAUUUUUGUCAUAAAAAUUGGUACAACACCACUGACAACCCUGUGAUAUAAAAGAAGGUAGUUAAUGUUUGUGUGUAUUCAUGAGGACAUUUGCUUGUUGAGGGGAGCCACUGAAAAGAGAAAUUGAGCGUCUUUUUAACACCAGCCACCCUUGUUAGCUAUUGUCCCCAUGGAAACGAGGAGUUAAAACACUUUGUGAUUCAUUCAGCCCAGGAGGGAAUAGUUGUAACCUACACACAUGAACACACGCACAUGCACAUGCACAUGCCCAGGGCUGUUGAUAAAAUGGAGGCGCAUGUCCACUUCAGACAUCACACACGGUUCCACAGUCAGUGCUCACCAUUGAAAUGUGAGAUCAAACUGUCCCUGAGCGCCAACAGCAGGUAUAAAAGACACCGACCAGGCAUCAAACACAUCACACACACAUUUUUGUAUUUUAAUGGAUCAAAGUCUAUCCUGCCAACCUCACUGGCUGGAUAUUCAUCACUCUGCUGUGUUUUCAUUUAUUUAUUUAUUUUGCUCAGAGGAUAAUGGCCACAAGUUGGCUCCAGCUGCCUGAGCUGUCUUGGUGAGAACCAUCAAUGAAAACAAGAGGGUUACUGUUGUGUUUGUGGUUCUUCAUGCUUUCUGUUUUGUGUGUGUGCAUUUAAAGGCAGUGUUUCCCAAACCAAGGGAGACUUAAAGGGAUAUUCUGGCGUAAAAUGAAGUUAUGGUCAAACACACCGUAACACAGAGUUAAACUCCCCCUUGAGAGAUGAAUGUUGCAAAUCUCAACGAAAAAAGCCACUCUUUAGCCACAAAUAAUGCUCAGAACAGCACCUAACUUCAUCAACAGAACAUAUAGGGUCCCAGCCAUAGUACUAGCCACCAAAUAUCUUUUUAACUUUGUCUAGUUUCUUUAGCAAAGAGACCAAACACAACUCAUUCACUCUCCUCCAGCAGCCGCUUUUUUGUGGGGGAGUCCUGAUGAGUCGAUCACUGAGUGAUGCAGAGUUCUGCAGCUAAAAGAGAACAUUUAUGAUAAUUACUUCAUGGAAAUGCAAUCAGACCAAGAUGCUGAGGUAGAAGAACUACCGCUUCUGCAGCACAAAAUGAUUGUUAUGAUGAUUAUCACUUUGUAAAAAUGAUCCGCUGCACUCGGUGAUCGACUUAUCAGGGCUCCCCCUCAAACAAGUGGCUGCAGGAGGAGGUUUCUGUUUCAAUCUGAUUGUGGCCUUCAUUUAGCCACCUGUUACUGCUUUUUCUAAGGUUUUUGAGCACAGUUAUGCUUAAUCAAAACAAAUUAGAUGAUCACACACACACGCACGCACGCACACACACACUUUAGAAGAAGAUUAGGGGGAAAAAAAGGUUUUCAAACUGCUUUUCAAAGAUCCUUUAGUUUAAUGUAAUCUGUCUUUUUUAGCACCUGAAGUGCUCCAGUUUCUGUUUGUCAUUUGUUCAUUGUCCCAGUUGUUAUGAUUAACCAUAAGCUAUAAAGCAAAGGUAUAGGCUUUGUGGCAUCACCUGGUGGUUCCUGAGUUGAAGCAGCUACAAUGCGUCCACCUACCAGUCAGUUUAGCCAUGCUCCUAAUAAUGUAAGCAUUUGUUUAACUCUAAUCUUUGGAAAAAUCAAAACACAUGCAUCAUCAACAUAUGUAGUGACAUAAAAGUUAGACUCCUGAUUGAGCAUCUCCCCUGCUUUUCAUAAAGUACCAGAGAUGACGGUGGCCCUUUCGGGACAAGAAACUGCUGCGAUGCUUGAUAAAAGUAUUCCUCCAUCAAUGCGUGAAAGCAUCAUUCUUGUGCAUGACACACAAGAUGAAAGUGCUCCAAAAAGUUAGAGAAAUAAGAGCAGAUUUUUUUUUUUUUUUUUGGUUAUGUCUGAAGUUGACAUCAGUCAUCUUCACAGUGUUGUCAGGGUUAGAUUUACAGCUUUGAAACAGGUUAAGCAACGAACAAACACUGGGGGAUGUUUGCCUUUAAUGUUUGAAUCUCAGUCCUAGUUCUUCAAUUAAAAAAAGUCCCUGAAGCAGCUAAACAUGAUAAGACAUAUUAACUUAGAAACAAAAUCAAUGAUGAUCAAACAGUAUCUAAGCAGCCUAUGAGUGAAGCUGUGUUGGAAAAAAAAACUAAAACAGGUUUUUUUGUUUCAUUCCCACCAUCUUUGCAUCAAUGACACGUGAGUUGUGAUGUUUUUCCUCUGCCAGGUCUGACUCCAGACAGGCUGGGUCCUCAGUCUCAUGAUGCCAGUCCUGUUACCCCUGAACCAACAACUCCUGGCGCUCAGUCUCCAUCCCACCUUCAGUACCACAGCAAGGCCCAACACAGACGUUUCUCCAUGGAGGUGAGCAGAGAGCUGACUGAGCAGAUUGGGGGUUAACAGGCUGUAGGUUGACUUUGUUGUCUGGUCAUGCUGUAGUCACAUGCUGCAGAGCUCUUCCUCCACAGUCAUUUACAUGUUGCACAUCAGGCUCUGAACACAUUAGAGGUCUGGCUGACACUGGCAUCAGCAAUGCACAAGUAGUUGGUUCUUCUGCCUCAAUACUCCUCUCAUGAAGUUGUGUCUGUAUUCAAUAAGGUGAGUCACUUCUGAAGCUUUUAAACCUCCCCAAAGCACCAGACUUUUGAUUGGAAAUGUGAGCAAGUGCACAGUUCCACCUUUGUAGAAAAAAGUCCCACUGGAGUGAAUGUGAUUCACUUCCAACCUUUUUAAUAUCUGUACCAGACAGUUGGAUGAAGCUAUGCCUGAGGGAAGAGAGAGCUGGGGCAAGAUGCGGUACAACAAAGACCAAAAUAAUUAUUAAUAUGAGAGCACUGGGAGCUUAUAAAGUCUGAAAGAGUCACCGGAUUAUAUAAACUAAGGUCACUCAUGACAGUGCGGUUGAGUUGUUCUUUAAAAUUUAUGAGCUUCUAUUAAGAAAAUAUUUCAAGGAGAAGCUUAUAAAUAUUAAUGCAGUUCACACAUUUACUUCCAUUGAGCACAGUCCCAAUUUUAAAAGGUCUUUAUAAUGAACAAGCAUAACAGCAGUGUUCAUCGGUCUAAGAUUUCCAACAUUCCUUUAACAUAAAACUGUCAUCUUUAAUGAACAUUCAAAGGCCCCAUAUACAGUAUAUACUAUAUAUUGUAUACACACACACAUAUAUAUUGUUUAUAUAUAUAUAGUGUAUAACAAAACUUUUAUAUUGAUCUUGUAUCUGCUUUAACUACCAUGCAAAUUACUUACAUAAGGGUAGUCAAAGAUUAAGGGUUGUUAAGGUCUUAAAGUUUUAUCGAUUCUUUUGACAGUUUUUUAAAUAAAGUCAGUUUUCCAAUUUUGUAAAACUGAUUUAAGAACAACGCUGGGCUCUAUGAACCUAUUGUCUUCCACUAGUCUGGUGGCAGCAGGCUAAGGAGGCCCAAUUCAAACGCUUUUGGCCACCAAUGCUUGUCUGGUCAUGCUGAGGGAUCAUGAGGCUCUUCAAGGAUUCCUCCAGGAAGUCAUGGGUCUAACCCUGUCCUUUUGCAUUUGCCUGGAAAACUUCCAGAGCACCCAGAAAGCAUUCUAUUAUGAUCCAACGCCACAGUGACCAGCUGCGUCAGUGUGAUGAUCUGGAAGGAUGCACUUUCACCCGAAUGAAGAGACAUGCCUCCUGACUGUUGUUAUGUGACCAUACUGGUCUGAGUUUGACUUAUCACCAUCAACAGAGCUUCCCACCAGUAUACAACAAAUGAUGAUAUUUUAGAUGCACUGACAUAUUACAGUAGUGGGGGAACAUUGCUAAUGCAGUGUCUGUGUAUAUACCUAUAUGCCUUCAACCUCCUCACCUGGCUCCCUCUGGGGUGAGGGAAUUGCACUCUGACUCUUAACUCUCUCUAGAUUGGAGCUUGAAGUGGAGUGCUGAGUGUAAAUGAGAGAUUAAAAAACCCUGAAGCAUAAAAACAUCUUCAAACUGUCCAUGGAGGGACUGGACGUCAAUUAGUGUUGUGUUGUUCGUCAGUGGUUCGUUCAAAAGGACGGAUCUUCUAAGUGAAUGUACUGAAACGAAUCACUUCCUAAAGUGGGGGAACCACACGUGCAGCCACAACACUCUCGUCUCCCCGGCCCAGGAACCGUGAACUGAACUGAAACCUGAACUGUUCAGCUGUUUAUCGGUCCAGGAAGUCGGAGUUGCAGGCUCCUCCUGCCAGGCACUGAAUGAUUCGGUGAUAUCGUGAACGAAUCUUUUAAACAAAUCUUUUCAGUGAACCGAUUCUAGUGAUUCAGUGCAUCUAGAAGAACUGCCGUGCCCAUCACUAUUAACAUAGGAUACACACUGUGUCCUGUACAGAGUUACACUGACACUUAGAGGCCUGUCAUCUAAUAUCAGUCAAACCCAGACCUCCAUUAUCUGUAGAAGAAUUGAGCAGGAAACCAAGCCCUUCAGAUAUUUUACAGACCGGGGCCUCUGUUUAUUAACAACAGAAGAAUCAAUAUAGCAAAAGAAGAACAUUAGAUUGCUGGGCAACCAAAAAAAAACCUGACUUCACAGGAGGAAUCCGAGCAAAACCUAGAGAGAAGUGGAGAGCAAGCUCUCAUGUGUGUGGCUGUGCUGAUCGAAUCAGAGGUAUUUCCUCAGACAUCAGUGGGACAGAUGACCGAAACAACAUGCAUGACAGGCCUUGAAAUAUAUUUAUUUAUUUUUUAUACAUCUAUGCAUUUUCUGUUCUCCCCUGUCUUUUAAGCACAAUAAUAUGUUUUAGACAACUUAGUUGGAUGUUUUCCUGAACUGACUUAUCUACCAUCAAUUUAGACUUCAUCCAACAUUUUGUGUGUAUUCAGGGGUCUAGUUGUAAGUAAAGCCAAGGCAUGGAAGCUGUGGAAUAAAUGCAUUUCGUUCUAGUUCAGUUGUGUUAUUUUCAGUAGUUGAAACACGACCCCACAUCUUCUGCACACUGAUGAACCGACGGGUGCAUGCGCUAAACUUUUACGUCUCUUGAUUUUCUGCAGGACGUCAGCAAGCGCAUGUCUCUGCCCAUGGACAUCCGUCUGCCUCCAGAGUUUCUCAAGAAACUUCAGCUGGAGAGUGAAAACUCAUCACCCUGCAAACCUCUCAGUCGCAUGUCUCGCCGUGCCUCAUUGGUUAGUUCUCGGAAAGUUGAUACGCUGUGUAAAAUAUUGAUUGUGUUUAAAAUGUUGAAAAUGUUUGAAAUGAUUUAUUCUCUACUUUCUUGUCAUGUUUUUAUGCAGCAAAUGUUUUUAUUGAGUGACAAGUGCAGGCAGCUUUAGCAACAGAACACUCUUUGUUGUGCUGUUUUAGUGCAUGCAGAUUUUGGUUUGGCAUUGUUGUGCUCAAAACACCUGAAUAGCAAGACAUGUUGUCUCUAUUUUUAAGAGCUAAUGCAGCCUUCCCAGAUGUACAAGCUUCCCAAGGCAUGGAUACUUGUGGAUCCCCAUAAGACACUUGCUUUUGAACUGUAGCUCUAAUCCCAAGAUGAGUGGGGCCAGAGCAGAGCAAAUGAGGCAGCACCCAAGCUUUGAUUAGUCAGACCACAGGACAGUUUUCUACUCACCUCAAUCCAUCUUUGAGAACAGAGAAAAUCGCCGCCAUCGCUGUUUCAUAUGCAGUGGAAAUUUGGGUAGUCUGUUCUGUUGGCGUGCAAUCGAGGCAGUUGUGUGUGCAGCAACUCUGAAUAAAGUUAAUCAUUCAGAAGUUAUGCUCCAUCUUUUCCCAUGUUUUCUCCUGUCAUGUCAGCUGGACCAGCAGGUUACCAGCCCUAAACGAGCCAAAGUAGCUGUAGCUCAUAACAUGGUCAGGGACAAGUUAGCUUAACAGGUAACACUUGGAACAGCAGGUCCUCUUUUGACAGUAACAGCUUGUUUGUGCUGGUCCGAUGGAAAGAAUCUCCUUACAAUCCAUUUUAAUUACAGUCAUAUCAACGUAGGAGGUCAUUUCUAAUAAGGUUUAUGAAAUAGAUGUCACUAUUUCCCCCCCUAUAUUGAUCGCUGUCGGGCUUAUAUCAUAAAAACCUUGUUAUACCAACUAUAUUAGCUCCUUGUUUACUCUCUUCACCCACCUGAUGAUUAGUCUAGUUCAAGAACAUGUCAGCUCUUAUUACAGGCAUAUUUUCUCCCUGUGAAUGAUUAGUCCUCUUAUCUUUUAAUACACCGAUACUUUCUGUGUUGCUCUCUCUAGAUAGAUGAAUUUAUAUCCUGUCAGGUUGAUAAAGCACACAAAGAUUUAUUCUUCAUUAACUUGGGAAAACAUUUGCUAAUGCAAACUUGAGCAUGCGCAAAUAUACAGUGAAGUAGAAGGAAAGGAAUUAAAUCAGUGGGGAUUAAUUAUAAUGUCUUCUUUUGCUUCUAGUCAGACAUUGGCUUUGGAAAACUGGAGACAUAUGUGAAGCUUGGCAAACUUGGUGAGGUACGUCAAUACAAACCAGUCACACAUAAAACUUUAAACAGUCCAAACGUCUGAUGGGUGUCUAGCAAGUAAUGAAUGAACAGCUUUUACAGCCUGAAUCAAUGAAUGAAAAAGCUCCAAUCAAGAAGUGAAUUAAAGGUGAGAGGAGUAUCGGCUUAGACCUAUCCUAGAGUCCGCUUAACAGGCUGUCAGAACAGGAACAACACAUAAUUAUGUUUACAUGCCUCAACUAGAUGAACUAAGGCAUUCCCAUGUGUCCAUUUCCUACAUAAACUGAGCCCAGCUACACAGUUUCACAAGAAUACAAAUGGUCUAAAAUAGGCAUUUACAAAAUGUUUAAUCACUAUGAAUGAGAGACUAUAUGACACAGUCUCAGAAGUAUCUGAGCAUUUAUCUGGGAACAGUUGUUGCCUUAAGGAGUGAGGGACAAUUAGUGACAGAAGCUGUCUGCAUUAGUCUCGGUCACAAGGCUCAGCAGCAGAGAAAAGCAGCGAGAGACCUACAAGAGCUGCUUUUGUAGCUAAUUGGCAUAACCUGUGCUUCAGAGGGUUUGGGUUACGAGAACUGGAGCGCAGUGAUUCCCACAUUUACUUAUCAAAAAGUAAAUGAUAUCAAAACACCCACGCACAUACAGGGCUGUCAGCGUACAGAGUCAGACUGUAACCGAGGAAGAUGAGCUGUGAGAGUAAGUGGUCAGAUAUCCAAUUAUAGGAAUCCAUUAAUGGAUUAACAAAAACCUGCUGGGUAGCAGGUCCAUAGAUGUGGUUCUCUGAUUUAGUUAGUUUCUGAUACAAAGAGGAAAAUAACCUAACACAUUACUCACUUCCUGGAAUGAGUUUGUCAUGAGGCAUGACUGGUGGUAAAUAUAUAAAAUGAAAAGAUGCAGUUUGUUUUACAGUGUUUUCAUGUUGGUAGGGGACUUAUGCCACAGUGUUCAAAGGACGGAGCAAACUUACAGAAAACCUGGUGGCAUUAAAGGAGAUUCGGUUGGAGCAUGAAGAGGGAGCACCCUGCACUGCUAUCAGAGAAGGUACAAACUAAUCCUCAAACACAUGCACACGUAUCGGUCUAGGGUUGUUGCCUCUCAGAAUGUAAAUAAUAUACUUAUUUUCACUUUCCCUUAUUACAUAACUCAAACAUGCAUUCAUUUCAAGGAGCUUUCUCUGUUAUUUAAAAGAGUACAUCUUAAUCAUGCCAUAGAAUCUGGAUACAAGAAAAUAAUAUUUUUUGGGGUGUUUUUUUUUUCUAUUUAGGCACCCUGUUUAGAAUUUUACAGGCUGCUGAGGAACUUCCUAAACUCUAUUAUAUUAUAAGAUAUGAGAAGUCAAAACUAAAAAAAAAAAAUAAAGUUAGAGUGCACAGAGUCACAUUUGAGCCCUCUGUGAGUUUAGGGAUCAAAGUUUUUCUGAAGCCAGAAGUGAUCGUGUAAAAAGAGGGUGUAGCUGGGAAGAGAAAAUACUUAAAGGGAUAUUCCAGCGUAAAUUUAAGUUAUGGUCAAACACAUCAUAACCUUGAGAGAUGAAUGCUUUUCUUGUUACAACAACUUUAGUAUGACUGCAAGAUACUAAUACACAGAGGUUUACGUCUCCACGUGCAAACCUCAACCAAAAAUCCACUCUAUAGCCAUAAAUAAUGCUCAGAACAGCACCUAACUUCAUCAACAGUACAUAUAGGGUCCCAGCCAUAGUACUAGCCACUAAACAUAUUUUUAACUUUGCCUGGUUUCCUUAGCAAAGAGACCAAACACAACUCACCCACUCUCCUCCAGCAGCCACUUGUUUGUAGAGGAGCCCUGAUGAGUCUUUAAUCACCUGCCAAAUGAGGUCAAAUUCUGUGUGUAAAAAAACACAUUCAUCUGAGCAGACUUUGUAGAAAUGGAAUAAAAUAUAUAUAUUUUUUAUUAAUAUUAUUUUUUUGUGCACCAGUGUCUCUGCUGAAGAACCUGAAACAUGCGAACAUCGUCACGCUGCACGACAUCAUCCACACCGAACGCUGCCUCACUCUGGUGUUUGAGUAUCUUGUGAGUACCUCCGCCGUCAGACCCUCAAGUGUUGAGUGACACACACCAGAGAAAUGUGGACAGAGUUGAGUGUAAAGGGUUUGGGUGUUGUCUCUUCCAGGACAGUGACCUUAAACAGUACUUGGACAACUGCGGGAAUCUCAUGAGCAUGCAAAAUGUCAAGGUGAGCCACCACAGGCACAGAAAUGAGUGAUCAGCAAGAAGUAUGAGAAACCCAAAACCUUUACUGACUGAAAUAAACCAUGCAUGCAUUUCAAGUCCCAAUGACAAUGAACAUAAAAGGUUCUACUCAGCUUGGAUAUUUGGUGGGUUCAAACAACAUGAGUUAGCAUUUUUACACUGAUGACACCCGGCUGUAACUCACCAUGAGCUCAUAAACUCAGUUUCAGCCUCAGGGAAGAAACAUCCAUGUGACAGCACCCACACUUUCCAGCUGUUCCAGUUUUGUUGCUUUCUCUGCGUCACACAGGCAUGUUCAGUAUCCAUGACAGGAUUAUUCCCCAGGAUCGUAAGUCAUGAUAAAACCCCUGAGGUUGUCCUGUGGAUUCAGGUCUUAGGUCUAUGACAAUCCCAGUACAUUUUAGUCAUGGUUGGCAGCUCAAACUCAGAGCACAGUAUUUUGAUCCAGUUGAAUAUAAAGUGCAGUCUUUUCUUCUCAACUAUCAGGGAGUUUUUUUUGUUGUUGUUGUUUUUUAAAGUGAAUUGGACUUUUUUAAGUUCACUAAUUGUAAUGCUUCAUAAACAUUGCAGUAAUGCUACGUUUCAGUUACCUCAAAAGUCAGAUGUCAGAGCUGGGAAUGAUGUUACAACCGAGUUGACGGCGUUCUAGUCGAUAAACCAAGAUGGAUGCAUAUUGUUAGCUGUUGUUAACAAUUGUCAGCAGCUGUCGUUAGCCGUUGUUAGCUGUUGUUAGCUGUUGUUAACAAUUGUCAGCAGCUGUCGUUAGCCGUUGUUAGCUGUUGUUAACAAUUGUCAGCAGCUGUCGUUAGCCAUUGUUAGCUGUUGUUAGCUGUUGUUAACAAUUGUCAGCAGCUGUCGUUAGCCGUUGUUAGCUGUUGUUAGCUGUUGUUAACAAUUGUCAGCAGCUGUCGUUAGCCGUUGUUAGCUGUUGUUAACAAUUGUCAGCAGCUGUCGUUAGCCAUUGUUAGCUGUUGUUAGCUGUUGUUAACAAUUGUCAGCAGCUGUCGUUAGCCGUUGUUAGCUGUUGUUAGCUGUUGUCAGCUGUUGUUAGCUGUUGUUAGCUGUUGUUAACAAUUGUCAGCAGCUGUCGUUAGCCGUUGUUAGCUGUUGUUAACAAUUGUCAGCAGCUGUCGUUAGCCAUUGUUAGCUGUUGUUAGCUGUUGUUAACAAUUGUCAGCAGCUGUCGUUAGCCAUUGUUAACUGUUGUUAACUGUUGUUAACAAUCGUCAGCAGCUGUCGUUAGCCAUUGUCAGUUGUUGUUAGCCGUUGUCAGCUGUUGUUGUUAGCUUUACCCAUUAUAAACAACACAUAACACAGUAUUUUUCUCUUACAAACACUAUAGCACCGUGUUCACAGUUAUAUACCACUUAUUUAAUUUCACAAAACCGAAACAGGAAGUGCUAAUAAAUAAUACAUUAAGAGAGCUUUCACUGUUACUCUUAACUGUUGAUGCACUGCGCUGCCAUCUUGGAUUAUGAUGUUGUCGUCAAGUCGGGGUUGGUGAGGAUCGUCCGACUUUCCGAGUCAGAAAUCCGACUUCAGGGGGGCGCUCCAGAUGAAUUUCCAACUCAGAGCCCAGAAAUCCCGACUUCCGACUACAACUGGAGCGCAGCAUAAGAUGCUGUGAAUUUUUAAACUCACUUAUAAGACUGAUGACUUCAAUGCUUUUCAUAUAGUCACACGAUGCAUUGUUGCAUCAUAAAAAGUAUCACCAAACCAAAUACCAAUUUCAACAAAUAAGGCACAGUUCAAGUCAAACAAGUGCACUUUCACAUUCAAUGUUUCAUUUUUCUUUUUUUACAGAGCUUUCAUAUAUUUUCGGUUUAACAGAUACGAUGUGAGAUUAAGAUUCUUUCUAUGACAUGUUUGAUCUCAUUAAUAGGUAACUUCUGUGCAUGAUACUGGUUAAUUUGGGAACAUUUGAACAGCAUUGCCUGAGAAGAUUUUAACUUCAUUAUAACUUUCCCGCUCCUGCAGAUCUUCAUGUUCCAGCUGAUGCGAGGUCUGUCCUACUGUCACAAGAGGAAAAUCCUCCACAGAGACCUUAAGCCUCAGAACUUGCUCAUCAACGACAAGGGCGAGCUCAAACUGGCUGACUUUGGUAUGACAAACAUCACACUCCCGUGCAGAAUAUGUGCGUGUCUACAAAUGCAAAUUUGUUCAUAAAGACGCAGACACUUGGGAAUAACAUAGCGCGUUUCCUGCCACAUCACUUUCCAAUUAUAUUUUAUAGCUGCUUGGAGAUCGUCUGUGCUGAUUACUUUAGCACCCUUAUUUCCUGUAUCCUAGCAACAGUGCCCCUCUGUCUGACUUCUCUCAGUUUUGUGCUAAAGUGUGUAAAUAACCCCUAAAUAAUAAUUCCCUGACUCUUUUCAACAGUUAAAUCAUAACUGGUGCACAGGUUCUAAGUUUAUACUGAGCUGUUACUACCUUGUGUUAAUGGCACAAUGACCUGUCAGACACAUUAUAACACUAAUUUUCUGUCAGGGCUAAGAAAAUUGGGUAUUGCUGAACACUUUUUAAACAUCUGUGAUAUCCUGGGAAGGUUCAAGCCUACUGCUUAAAGUUGUGCGUCAUGAAUGUCUGCAGAUGGGCAAAACAAAAAACGUGUCAUUUUUGAUGUUAGGUGUUGAAUUUUCCCUCAAAUAUACAGCUUACAAAAAAAACUUCUCAUUCUGGUGCAACUGAUGUCUCACAUUGUUGAACUCUGAUCAUGUUGUAUUGUUCAGGUCUAGCCAGGGCCAAGUCCGUCCCCACUAAGACCUACUCCAAUGAAGUGGUAACUCUAUGGUAUCGGCCUCCUGACGUGCUGCUGGGCUCGACAGAAUACUCCACACCCAUCGACAUGUGGUAAGCAGAAGAAGUUCAAGAGUCAAAGUGUCUUUACUGGUGUCUAAGUGGUGAAAGAUCUGGUGUGAAAUGCUUUUUGUCUUCUGUGGGAUUUUCUGAAUAUCUCUUGAUUGACUUAGCGCAUUGUUGUAUCUAAAUGGGAACCCCAAAACACUGCAGCCCUGGAGCUAAGUGAUUCUGUCGGCUCAGUGGUUAGAUAAAUGUCUUAUAGCCUGAGGAUGGUCCAGGUCGUCCAUGAAUCAUGCACAUCUCUACUCCAACCUCCCAGGUUAUUAGCAGAGAUGAGUCAUGACUCAUACCAAGAAGUUCAACGCAUCUGCAUGCACUUUCUUUCCUGUUGUGUCUUUGCUUAAUUAGCAGUUUGCAAUGGUGAGAGGACCUGAGCAGCAUUGCUAAAGCUCUGAGGAUUAUAUAUGGAGCUGCAUUCUUCUUUGAGCUCACCUAAUAGGCAGCACUCGGCCCACUCACCUCACAAGUGUUUGCACUCAUAACCAGCACUCUUUGAAGUGUGUGUCUUUAUUGAACAAGGCCCCACCCACAGUUCUUUGUUUCCUUUGGUACCUUUGCUCUGUGUCCAUCUCCUCCUCUCUUCUUUGUCAGGGGUGUGGGCUGUAUCCUGUAUGAGAUGGCAACAGGUCGUCCCAUGUUUCCCGGUGCAACAGUGAAGGAGGAGCUACAUUUAAUUUUUAGGCUCAUGGGUGAGUUUGCUGCACAAGAUAAUAGGAUCCUACAAGCCAGCCUGAAACAAGUCAAACAUGAAGUUAAGACGAAGUACGUGACCACAGACAUCCACACUUCUUUGUCUUGCAGGCACUCCGACAGAAGAGAGUUGGCCGGGAAUAAGCAGCAAUGAGGAGUUUAGGACGUAUCUCUUUCCUCAGUACAGACCUCAAGCUCUCCUCAACCAUGUGCCCAGGUAACACUAAAAAAAUCUGCUCCACUUUCUGGGUAAAGAACAUAAAAACUGUCAAAACUGACUUUUCAUGUCAGCCACACCCAUCGGAGGAGUAAAUACCUGUGUGACAGCAAAAAAAAAAAAAAAAAUAGUAAUGCAAAGUUGAAACACCAGAUUUAGGAGUCAUAGUUUUUUUUAGGUAUCUUCAGGUGUAACAGUCUCGGACUAUAUCAGUACCCCUUCUCCUUGCCCAUUUAGACUGUCAAAUUUAUUCCACUCAGUGCCUUGAAAUGUCAAAUAAUAAUUAUUACUUACGUGGGAUUUUAUUGCAGUUGAUUACAUUUUCAGAUCUACCUAAAAUAAUUCAUAUAUAUUUUUACCAGUGACCUAAUCUGCUCAUGUAUGCGCAUUAGAUUCAGUCCAAAUACAUUGACAGUGCGGCUAAAUAUUAUCAUAGACUGUGUAUAGAAUGGACGCCAUCUGCCUCCUCGCUGGGUGAAUACACUGCGAGAACAGCACCCUCUGGUGACGGGCUGCAGUAUAGGUCAUAAAUCCUCCUCCAGCAAUACCUAUGGAGCUGUGGACAAACUAUAGAAAUUUAUUACACAGAACACAAAUCUUUCUCCUCCCUGGUUGUGAUGUUGACAUGUAGUUACUGUACAGCUCCAUUUUUAGAAAGUAUUAGGGGUUCAUGUUUUCUAUGAUUGACACUUGAUACAGCCUAUGGGCGUAUGAAGAUUGUGUAGCUCACCCUGGGAUACGCUGUUUGAGCCGAGCCCAAUGCGUACAAGAAGUGGAGAAAAUCCCGGAAAUACCAAGAGCAAUUCGGCUUAAAAUUUGCAUAACAACGGAAGGUGGAACCAAGUUGUCCGUAGUAUAUACAGUCUAUGAUUAUGAACAAGACUUGCAAAGUAAGAAAGCCUCACAAAACUAUUACACUUUACGGUCAUACACAGUCCAAGGACUUCAUGUCAAAGUUAGUUACCCUCUGGUGUCAUGAUGGGAUCAGCACCAUGGACAGCUCUACACAUUAAACAACCAUAUGAACAGGGUCCGCUCAUUUUUCUACUCUCUUGCCUGUCUUCACUCCAUUUUGCCAAAAAAUAUUUAAAAUAAAGAAAAAUCGAUCAGUUAUUGGUUACAGACCUGUUACAGUUACUGCAAACAACCUGAAAAAUGAGGAGACAACUAACAAUGACUAAGCUGGGGAAGAAUUUACACAGGACUAUAAACUCAUAGUUUGACUGCAUCUCACAUAUCAGAUUUUGGCAGGGAAAGGUAGAGCUUUAGGAGUAAGCUGGAUGGAAGUUGUUGCUAGGAAACAUAAUCACCUUGGCAGACAGUUUUCCUUCUUUAUUUCCUCAUACAGGGUUUCUGAACUCUGGUAUGCACCUAAUUCUUGUGGGCAACUUUAUCUGAAGAUCAAAAUCAAACAUUUUACAUUUGAAAAUGGAUCCCCAGCUAACUCUAGCUCUACUGCCUUUUUCAGAUUAAGCCUACUGUAUUUAUUAUGUUUAUACCACUGAGUGCUUUGUUGCAAUGUUUGUUGUAUGAGCUGUUGUCUUUGCCUUCAUCAGGUUGGACUUAGACGGGAUUGACCUUCUGUCUGCAUUGUUGCUGGUAUGAGACCAAACCCCUGUAACAUGUAUUCACUCGGACAUGAGACGAGUUGAGCUCACAGACGGUCUAAUCAGCUGUAUUUGUCUCCUGAUUGUAGUAUGACACUCGCAGCAGGAUCACCUCUGAAGCUUCUCUUCAACAUCCCUACUUCCUGAGUCUGGGGAAUAACAUACACAGCCUGCCAGACAGUAAGGCACUCACACACACACACACAGACACACACACACACACACACACACACACACACACACACAGACACACGGGUACACUCUGUACCCCUUUAAAGCCUCUUGGGUGUACUUCAGGUCCACAGCUUUUGGCAGCUCCAGCUGUGAACAGCAGACUGCAUUUCUGCUGAACUGUGAAUGUGCUACUUCGCCAACGACACUGAAACAUCCUGUGUUUAUAGUCAAUUUACACAUUAUGACGAGAAACCUGAGAAAAAAGAGCACCUUGUGAGGACAGAGAAGGCUGUAAAAGGUGACUGCUCUCAACUUUUAGAUUUUCCCAGCAAUGACUAGUUUUUGAGACUUUCAUGAGCUUUUCUUUACUUGUUUCUUCCAAGCUCAUGUCUUUGUUUUCUUCCUUAUUCUGCUGGUGACUGGUCAGCUGUUGACCACCAAUCAAAACUGAGUGCUAUCCAAAUAUAUAAAGAGUAUGUUGACAAUACUCCAUUGGAAAAGCAUUAUUUUGGCUGCAGGAAGAGGUAAUAUAAUAAAGUUGGUAAAAAAUAUAUGUAGAUUUAACAGUAAAAAACUGUUUAACUCCAACAGUAAAAGACCAUAAAUUGUGAUGAUUUAUUAAACAGUUCAUCAAAUAAUCCCAGUAAAAUUUGAAUGAUGUUUUUGCUUAAAUAGGGUUAUUUAUGAUUAAAUUAACAGCAAAAUUGAAGUGAAAACUUUUGUAUUUUAAAAUAUAUGACAAAUAAGUCUUCAACUUUGUUGUAAAAUUAUGUCCCUUAAUCAUUACAUCAAAAAAGGUUGUUUUUUUUCCACAGUGGAUCUCCCAGAUUCCUUGCCAUGGACUGAUUUGAUAUGAUAUUUGAGAUCUGGUUGUCCCAAGAGUCACUAAAUUAAGCAUUAAUUAUCAUAGCUGUGGGGUUUUGACCAAUAAGAAUGUUACACGGCUAGCUGAGUUUGUUAAUAAGAAGUGUCAAGAUGUCAGAUAUGCAUAAUGAGGGGUUCUAAGAAAAACAUUAAGACCCUACCCUCUCUCUCUUUGUUUUCUCUUAGCUGCUUCAGUGUUUUCUCUCAGAGAGGUGCAGCUUCAGAAGGACCCCGGCCACCGCAGCUCAGUGUUUCACCCUCUGAGUAAGUUUGCUGCAACACAAUCUCACAACAUGGUGUGAUGUCUUCAUUAGAGGCUUUGUCAGCUGUUGUUGGCAGUCAUUGAAUUCCUUAUGGAGUGAGCAGCUGUGUCUUUAUACUCUCAUAGUCAUAAUACUGUUGUAAAUAAAACCCGGCGUAAAAGCAAAUUGGAAACAUGUAGAAGUGUAUCUAAUAACUUUAAAUUAAAUCCUCUGAUGCUUUAAGUUUCCCUAACUGUCCAAAUCUGCAGCGGUAAUUGUAGCUUUGUUUGGCUCUUGACCACACAAUUUAAAAAGUGAAAGCAGAUCUAAUUAACUAAGCUCUGCAAACAGCCAGGAGCUGAUUCUGUUUGCUCUCAAAUAAAUAAACCACAGACUGUCUCAGAGGAACGGGGAGGAAAAUGAAAAUAAACAAAAUGCUGUCUACUCAUUAAACACAGAUUACUGUUGUUCAUUUAUAUACUCUAAUAAGCGCCUCAUAUACUUAUUAAGUCUCACUAUAGACUCUUUUUUUCGAAAACUUAGGGACCCUACUCCACAACACUUUCCCCAAAGUAAACUAUUAAUGGCUGCAGGAUAAAGUACUUUCACAUAAAGAUGAGUCGUGGCUUCUUUGACCUUUUUCUGUGAUGCUUAUUGUUCUUAGUCUUGUGUGGCAUAUGGACCAUUUCAGACAUUAAAUCCAGAAACUUACUGAGCUUUACAAAAAAGCUGGAAAUAUUACAAUGGUCUAAUAUUAGGAGUGAUAAUGUCUCCUUCAGUGCCCUAUACACAGUAGGAACUUCUAAAUGAUUAAUGAGGACAUUUAUUGCCUGAUAUGAAUAGUUUAGUAUAUUGAGAAUUGAUCAGUUUCAUGUAAAUUGAAAAAACUUGAUAAAGAACUAAAACUUUGUAAAUUGAAAUUUGUUUUUUAUGGCCAAUUACCAUUUAUUUUCCCCUCCACUUUGAUCGCUGUAGAAGCAUUCAACUUUGUUCCAGAGAUGGGGGGGUUGAAUCCUCACAAGAGAUAUUCAGGACAUUGAGAACUUCAUGCAUGUGUAUUUGACCCUGGUAAACGUAACCAGAGAAGCUCCAGGUUUACAUUAAAGGUUGUGUUAGGAGCUCAGGUACAGAACCCUAUGAUUCUGUUGCUGAGUGUAAAUUCAGUUAUUUGGCAACAUUUACAAAACUUUGUUAAGGAACCGUCAUGAGGUCAGUUCAGUCUGAUGUAGAUUUAAGGGACUGUCAUGCAUGAGGUCAAAUCAGUCUGACAUGGAUUUAAGGGACCGUCAUGCAUGAGGUCAAGUCAGUCUGACAUGGUUUUAAGGGACCGUCAUGUCUGAUGUAGAUUUAAGGGACCGUCAUCCAUGAGGUAAGUUCAGUCUGACAUGGAUUUAAGGGACCGUCAUCCAUAAGGUCGGUUUAGUUUGAUGUAGAUUUAAGGGACCGUCAUGCAUGAGGUCAGUUUAGACUGAUAUGGAUUUAGGGACCGUCAUGCAUGAGGUCAGUUAAGCCUGAUGUGGAUUUAAGGGACCGUCAUCCAUGAGGUCAGUUAAGCCUGAUGUGGAUUUAAGGGACCGUCAUGCAUGAGGUCAGUUCAGUCUGACGUGGAUUUAAAUGUUGGCCUUAUAUUGAAAUAUCAGGCCAGCGACUGAUGUUAAAAUGCUGGUAAAGAAAAUGAAAAGGAGGCGUUUUAAAAGCCUUUGUGAAGAACAGUUUGCAAAGAUUCUACUUCCCAUACAGACAGAGCAGGAGUCUAUCUUUUGUGUGUAAGUAGAUCUCCGCCUGCUUAAUCAGUGAUUUUAAAUCAACAAUCACACUCUCUUCUCUCAGGAUAGCCAUCUUUGUGUGAACCAUAACUGUGGAUAAAGAAAUAAAUCAAGGAAGAUUCAAAAAGCAACUCAUGACACUGACUCUCAAAUCUGAAGGGUUUCCAAUUAUCAUCAGAUUGUUCACUCAGUAAUUAAAAACAAGAAUUCAACCUAAUUUCCUCUCUUCUCUUCUCAGGAGGAAAGAACCGAAGACAAAGCAUCUUCUAGAGUUCACAGAGACAUGGAGGGAAGAGGAGCUGCCUGUCAGACCGCUGAACAGAGGCCAACACAGCUCAGCACAUUCAGAAGCAUGCUCAAAUAUGUGCACACACCUGCAUGAACACACAAACUCAUGUGCAGUCACUCAUUUCCAAGGCAGCUGAGCGUGGAGACGUACUGAGUUUGUGGAAAUAAACCUGUACUGUACUUGAACUGACUGAGCUGAGAAACACUCUCCUCACAUCCUCUCAUACACAACGGUACAUAUCUGACCAACACUUUACAUUAUACAGUCCUUCUAAUAACUGUCAGUAAAACGGUAUUCAAGCACUUUUAUGUGCUUAUACAUUCAUGUCUAGGAGUUAAUAACUACAUCUUAAACAGGUUAAGUGCUAGGCUAUGAAACAUCAGAGAGUAACUCACCUCUUGGAGCAUUUUUGUUGCAUUAUGAAAAGUAACAUAUUAAUUAAAAAUAUAGUGGAAAUAUCUGAUGGAUGAACCAAAGGAAACAAAGUGAAUAAACAGUGAUAAAAUGCGAAUUCUUAAUAAUCAACCUUAAGCAGACUACCAACUGAAAAAAGGUUGGAUGAAGCUGUAUAAAUUAUCUUAUUUAGAACUGAGAUUAAUAAUCUCACAAAAAGCAUGUUUACGAUGCCUUUAUCAAAGGAUAGAACUUAUUAUAAGGACUUUAAUUUAAAGUGUUGCCUAAAUUUGCACACAUUUGCACAAUCAGCAACACUGAACAUGCUGCCAGUACGUAGCUGCUCAUAUUAGAGGUAUAAGAAUAAUCUGCUGAAACACAAAUACGAUUUAAAAACCCAAGAAAAAGACCCUCUGAGGAAAAAAGGAGGAUCAUCUUUCUCUUAAACACAAGCUUUUGUCAUUUCUGUUCAGAGAAUACCUGGAGACUGUCCGUCCGAGGUAGCGACCACAUCUUGUAGAAAGUUGCAGGUGCACAUAUGAAGGGAUCAAAAUAAAAAAUGUGUAUUUCUAAGUAUUUCUAUUUGUAAGUGUCUAAAAGUUUACAUUCUGAUUUGAAGUCUCCUCGGAAAUGGAGGACAAAUAUUUAUGUCAAAUUAAACUGGCCGUGAAGUUUUUAAAUUCAAAUAUGAUUCAUCUGAAAGUGCUUUAAAGACCCACUCCGAUGGAAAUCAUGUUUUUCUUGUUGUCUACAUGUUCAUGUCAUUUUUCUGAUGCUACAGGACAAAUCAUGAGAAAACUAAGAGCCAAACUGCAUUUCUGAGUAUUUCUGCUUUCAAACCGCUGUGAAUCUCUCACAGACCCAAACAGCAGGUUCAGACACAGUGAGAUUUCCUACGUAGCAAAUCCCACACUCAGAAAAAUUGAGAGGACCAUUGCGGAACAAGCGUGUGAGUUAGUAGAUUGCAAUGCUCGUAAGAAAGCUAAUUAUGAUAUUAACUUUCAUCACGUCCCUAAAGACAUUAGUGUCCGAGAGCUGAAUAGCUCCUAUGUUACCUGCUACUGCUACUAUACUGGCAAUGCUAGGCUACAAGCUAGCAUGAAGAGAAGUGUGCAGAGCAGCGCUGUCUCCACUCACGACUCAGAGGCGAAUUGGUAAUGAGCUACUGGAGCUCUGCAGAACAGAGCCAGUGAAAAUGACACGGGUAAUGUGAUUUCGGCUAAAAACUUUAUAAUCACAAUUUAAAGACCAUUUGGAGCACUUUAAAUAGUAAAAACAAACAAAAAAAUGAUCGGAGUGGGACUUUAAGGUACAGCUUGCAGUAUUUAUCAUGUUUUUACUGCAUAGACCUUGUGGGUGCAAGGUGCUUAAGUUGGAAGAAUACAGUGAUUGUUCUAACUGACCGACAUUUUUGACUGCAAAAAUCUGUCCAUUGGAGGAUCAGACUUGUCAUGCAUCGAGGAGCUUCUUGUUUUCAAAACCCACCAAUAGCUAUGGCUUAUUAUUACAAUUUCUGUACACUGUACCUUUAAGAUUGAAGGAGAGCCCAGCCCUGCUUUAAAAAUACUAUCAGAAAAGAAAUGAUCCACGAUGUCAAAAGACAUUUCAAAAUAGAUCAACUGGUGCUUCACUCCAGUGUUCAAACAUGAACUAUCAUCUAAAUUCAAAGCUACACUAAAAUGUCCCUUCAUGCUACACAUUAGCCUGUACACAGUGUGAGCUAAUGACUUUAGCUACCUGGACAUGUCAUCUCGCAAAUGGGUGUAACAGGUGAUCAUGAGUGAUAUAAUGGUCACGUCUCCGUCACAAGCGUCCUGAUAGUCUUGAAUUUUCUUUUUUUUAUUAAGAAGCAGUUCUGCUGGUGAAAUGGUAGCAUCAUUCAUUUACAGUACCUCUACUUACGAAACAAACACUGAGCCGAUCAGAGCAGACUCACGUCCACAGACUUGCCUUGCCACAGUGUCUCAGCUUAGUGUGGGGUUAGAUCCAUACAGUGUUCACAGCUGACUUUCACUCCAGUUUUUGAAGUUGCCUUAGUAAACUGUGCAUGAUAUUUUGGCUUGUCAAGAAUCUAUAUGUGAUCUAGUGUAGCCAGUGUGUUAGGAGGCAUUUGCUUUGUGUGUAAUAACUCUGAGUACGUGUUUUUCUUAGUCUCCUAUUUGCACAAACCAGAAGUGUCCUCUGAAGCCUGCUCCCUUCCCUCUGGUUCUUACCCCGUAUGACUCUGAAUAUAACCCCAAUCAAUCCAAAUCCUCUUCAACUCAAACAGGAAGGUAUGUUCAAUAAGUAGCAUUUACUCUCAGUAGGACUUAAACUCACUUUCUCGUAGAUUUAGCCCAGCUUAAAUGCACAUUGGGCAGUGUAUGAAAUAGCAUACUACUUACUUACAAAUUGUACAUAUCUGCAGGAGUUCAACUCGAAAAAAGUUUCCGGGACCGACCCAAGAGCUCGUCCAUGAUCUGAAAGAUGAAGUUAUCUGCAGAUACACAAGCUUGUUGCUAAGUUACGCUCUCCUUCUAAAUCUCUUCCUUGUUUGCCCAGUGCUGCAGAGCAAUCCACAUGUAAACCAAUGACAAAGGGUUGAAGCCAAACAAUGACUGGUGAGAUCCGAUCUAGGUUGUGUAAUAAACUAAUAGAGCAAUAUGAGAGAGCUUCCUGCAGACGUCAUUCUUCCACCCUGCCGCGCUUUAAGAUCAGCAUUUAGCGAGUGAGGAUGUCACAUUUAAUCUCGUCGAUGACACUUAAAAAGUUUGAAUCAGCCGUGAUCAGGGUUUCAUGCAGUUUGUCCUUGAACUGUCCUCAUAAUUCAGCUACAUUACACCACAAACCAAACAAUCAAGCCAGUUAUAAUUAAAAAACAGCGAGAUAAAGUGCGUCAUAAAGCCACUGUAAAGUUUGAACCCAGAGCCAUCUUUUCUUCGUGUACUCCUCCACAGUAGCUCUUCACUGCCCACUUCAGGGUUAGAAAGUAAAUACAAGUCCAGACCUGGGAAAUCUACUACCACGGUCAUGAAGAUGGAAGCAACAUUUAGAUUCAGAUUUAGAAGAGAACUGAACAAAUUGUCUGUUGUUUUCUAUUUUAAGCUGCAUGACAAAGUUUCUCUUGUCUGUUGAAAGUGUCUGAUGCAGUUUCCACAUUUUUAAUCUGUGGGCACCAUGCUUUGCUAGUGGGGCCAAAUUGUCUGCAUGGUUUCCAAUCAAGCCUUGGUUUCUCUAUCAUGGGCCCCCCAGCUUGGGAAAUCACUGUUUCACACUAAACUCAACGAAAAAAACUAAGGUGAAAACAGGUACCAUGAUCAAAUACAUGAGAUGACCCAGGCUAGGACAAAACCUUUAUUAAUUCUCUUUAUCUGUACAAAAGCUACUUCCUAUCACUGGAAUUCAUGCCCUCAACUAUACAUUUCUUGCCGGUGUCGAGCUGCUCAUUACAAAGAGCGACCGCGACCGUGUCCACAAGGUUUUUUUAGUCUGCUCACUUUUGAGCUCCAUGCACAGCUCCACUACAUCCUGAACUUAAGGCUGCUCCUUUAUUUACUGUCUUACAUUACUGGACAAACUGAUUAAUCCAGGUGCGACUGAUCAUUGUGACGAGUCAGACACACCUGGAUUAAUCCGUUUGUUAAAUAAUGUAGGCAGAAAAUAAAGGAGCUGCCUUUAUUUCAGGAAGUAGUGGAUUGGUGCAUAGAGUCGUUUGAGCUCACUAAAAGUCUACAGCAGGACAUUCAUAUCAACAACUUUCAGAUUGUUUUAAUCAUGAGUUUAUAAGAGUGUGUUUUAUCAUCAGACAGCAGGGAACCCUGAUCAAGAUGAUUGGACUGACAGAAACGGACUGAUCUUUAGUUCAAAGGAAACCCAUUGAGACUGUUCAGGGACGACAGAGGUAGAGAAACUAACUGUUAUUGACAGAGUUGUGAAGCUGAGUGAAGUACUGGUCUCCUAAAACCAGGUGAUACAUGACUUAGUCAGUGGGAGGUUUGCUUGUCUCUAAGUGAAUGAAAUUUGGCUGCUUUAAGUUUUUCUACCUCCUAAGGUAAACAAAGUUCCUGAGAGAAUAACGGUGGGGCCAUCCAGCAUGGUGUUGUUCUGGAUUCAUGAUGAAGGUAACAGGGAGAGACACAUAGUUUAGACCUGCCUAGACUGCAGAGGGAUGUAUAAACGUGGACGUCCCCCUCCCCCUCUUUCCUUCAGUGGUACAAGUAUUACUGUGUGUGUUCUAGUUGUGGUAAAUUAAGCUAUUUUAAAUACUGUAAUGAAAAAGAAAUAAUAUAUAUAUAUAUGUAUUUUAACAGAUGUCUCAAUUUUUCUCAGUGAGUUUUAUGCCAUAAUAAGAUAGAGCACUGUAUUUAAAAUAAAUUAAAAAAAGACUGCAGAUGAUGUCUCAAUGUUUUCUAUCAGAUGAGUUUAGAUUUUGUAUGAAAUGUGAUAUUUUGUGUGAUUUGUCUACACUGUCAUAAAAAUGAGAAAUUGAAUGUACUGCGACUGCCAACAGGCAUCAAAUUGAUUGAAUAAUUGAUUGAUUAAUGAAUAAAUAAAAUAUUGAAUUUAUGGGACAACGACACGUGUGUUGCUGGUUUGUUACUCAGCUGCUUUUGUCACAGGUCCAAGAGUGACGCAGGAGCACUAUUAAUUCCAUGCGUACUUGAACUCACAUAUAACAGACUGGUCAGUAAAGUAAUAACCAGUAAUAGCAGCCAUAAAGUACAUAAAAUACUAUAAAGUUGAAACUUCUAAAUGUUUAUCUGCAGUGACACUUUUAGUCCCCCUAUAUAGAAUCUGGUCCUGCUCAAGGUUUCUGCCUGUUAAAGCAAGUUCUUCCUCUCCACUGUAACUCUCUAAAUGCCUUUUUCUCAUAAUGGAUCAAUAUAGGAAAAUAAUGAGUCUGAUCUUAUGAAGUAAGGCUUGUUCUUAAUUUAAUACAGUAAACGAGUUACUAAAAUGAUCUUUCUGUCCCAAAAUAAAAUGUCGCUACGAGUCAAGAUUGAUUGAUUCCAGAUCAACUUCUUUUUGUUAAUGUAUUUGUUAGUUUGUUAUAAGUUAAAAG